AUGAAGAAGGAGUACAACGCUUUGCACCAGCGACACACAGAGGUAGGAACAGCCGUGUGUGUGUGCGUGUGCGUGCAUGAGAGAGUUUAGUAUCUGACUCCAUACUAGCUGCUAGGGUUUGUACUUGAUGUUGUUUGCCUGGUACAAUAGAACCAAGUCAAUGGAAUUACAUCCAUCUUCCUCACUCAUCCUCUCUCUUCCUGUCAGAUGAUUCAAACAUACGUGGAGCAUAUUGAGAGGUCCAAGAUGCAACAGGCAGGGAACAACAGCCAGUUAGAAGGGCCAGGCAGUGGACGGACGUGAGUGGCUGACUUUUUUAACAUUUUCAUCAGAAAACGUUGUUAUCCCCCAGUGAGGAAAUCCGUUGAGCAGCAUACAGACAAAACAAUACAGUUCAUACAACAACAUAGACAUAAAAUAAUAUAGAUAGUUGUGACCUUUUUGGAAAGUGUGUGUGUGUGUGUGUGUGUGUGUGGGUGGGCGUGUGUGUGCAGGGGGAAGAGUAUAAAAAUGUAUCCUGGCAUAGCUUAGUAGUAGCAACUAUGCUGAGUUAAUGUUCUGUGCUUUGUUUUGUUUGGAAUAAGUGUGCUAGGGUAUAGUGUUCUGUGUUUAGUGUGCUGUAGUUGUGUUGUGCUGUGUGUGUAAUGCCUUCUGUUGUGCUGCUGUGUGUUAGCCCGUGUUAGAUUGUGUUGUGACACGUGAUGUAGUGGUAAAAAAAAGAGGUGGGUAAAAGCUGAUCGCUGUUUGUGGUGAGUAAAGUUACGCUCCUUAUACUUUCAAAACCUUUUUUCCGCAAAAGGUGGGUAAAUGCUUGUGCAAAAUAAAAGAUGUCAGUAAACAACAUUUAUGUGUGUUUACCCUCCCCUACACCACUUGUUGUGACCUGUUGUACCAUGGUUUGGCCUCACUCUAAUCACCAUAUGUCUGUCUCGUUUCACUCUGUGCUCGUGCUGUUGCACAGUCAACGCCACGUGUGGAGGAAAAGGUAAAUCACUACCCGCAAAACCUCUUUGCCCCCCCCCACCAUCCCCCCCAUCCCUGUCCCCUCAAUCCCAAUCUCUUACAUUGUUUGUCAGUUUUGGUCCUGGGUAUAUGACCUGGGUUGAAAUACUUGAAAAAUAAUGUAAUUAAACUUACUCAGGGGUUUGAACCAGGCUCAGAUACAGUAUUUAUUUCACUAGUGCUGAGCGAUUAGUGAUUUUUUUAGGUCGGUUGCUUUCGGUUCGAUUACUUAUUAUAGUUUUUUUUACAUUAAAUGCAUUAUGAAAUAAUGACAUUAAAAUUAUUAGAGCUUUUUAAUGGAAAAGCCAAAAAUAGUGAACAUUCAAUUGCCAAAACAUUGGAAAUAUUCUAUUGCCUCUAUAAUAGAGAAUUGCUAUUAAAUAAUAAAAUGUAUCUCGUCAAACUUUCUCGUCAUUGUUUUGUCUACUAUCCUCUCUCUCAUGCGGUGGCGUAUACGGUCUGUGUGUAAAAGUGUAUCAGAGCCUGAAAAUAACAGGCGCAAUGGAUUAUAGUCAUUGUAAUUAAUUACCACGUUUCUGAGCUGAACUAGGUUGAAUAUUUGCUUAGUGAAAACUACAACUCCCUUCAGCCCAGCAUACCAUAUAGUUAUUGACUUAAUUUCUCUCGUGAAUGAUUUGAUUUCUCUCUAGAGAAACGGCGCGUUGGACUAACAAAAAAACAAAAUGGAAUUCAAGUAAUUGAAACAACCUUUAUACCACCCCCCCCCCAAAAAAAAUAUAAAAUAAAUAAAAAUAAUAAUAAUCGGUUAAUCGCUCAGCACUAUUUUUCAGGUAUUUAAAAACCUAGGUCUGCUGGGUAUACAGGCUUUUGCUCCAGCCCAGCACUAACACACCUAAUUCAACUGAUGGGGGGCUUGUUGAUUAGUUGAAUCAGGACUGCAGACCCUGUGGUUCCCAGGACUAGGACUGACGAUCACUGCCCUGGCUCCAUUGACCAACCAGCCUCUCCUUGGACUAGAAGUUCCCCUGCCCCCAGAGUUCGUGCCUUUGUCCUUUACCUUCUCCUCUAUCACCCACUGUUUAUGGUCUGUCUGUCACGCAAUUCGGUUCGGUUAGUUUUAGGCAGUCGUCCUGAUGAGCCCUUCCAAGCUAGUUAGCUAGUUUAUGCUUGUGGCUAGAAACUUCAGCGAUAAUUUGAAACUUGUCUGCCGAAGUCAGGACAUGGGAGUGUAUUCAGAAUCAUUACGUUUUUAUCGGAGUAAUUGUUCUUUAUUUUUAAUUUUGUAUGUAGACAUUAAUGGCGUAGUUGUACAUUUUCUGUGAAAUUCACUACAAUAAAUGUGCUUUCGCUGUCACCCAGGCCUGAUAUUGGCUACACUAGCUAGCUACUUCCCACUCCUUACUGCGGGACAGCAGUGCUCGGCAAGCGGGAGAAAAUGACACUGUGCCCCGUGUUCAAUUCAUUUAUAUUUAGGUUUUGUUAUGUUUUAACAAACCUUUUUUUAUUUUUGUACUUAUGUAUUGUAUUGUAAUGACCCAGCUGGGUCAUAAAGUAAAAGAGAGACGGGCACCAGGUGUACAGGCAGAACACAGGUUUAUUCCUGAAUGGGCUAUUGUUCAGGCCACAGCCCACGCCGCUAAACCUCGAACAUACACAAAUAUAACAUGUCAAGUCAAGGGUCCCAAAACAGAAGAGAGAGAGACGAGACCGUAACCCCUAUUUAAGCAUUCCAAAACCCAGCGGGAUUACCCAUCAUACCCCCCCAACCUUUCCAUCUGUCCUGGCAUAUUUAACCCCUGCUAGCACCCAUGAGAACGAUAACACACCCACGAACACAGAACACAAUACUGGGUCGUUACAUAGCCCCCCCCUUUCUAAACCCUAGCCCCUAGGGUUACAAAACAAAAUCCUUAAAACGACCCGGAGGUCGCAUCAGUCUCUUGUGCCUGCCCUUGACUCUCACUGGUGGACCCCCAGAACACUCAUCUGCCCCAAUGUCAUUUCCAGCGCCCUCCGAAGAGGCAGCCCCUGUUCCAGGCUCAGGUUGCGCUAGAGUCUCCUCGCUAGACUGUCCCCGUGUGCUCACAUCAGAGUCCUCACUUCCAUUCCCUACCGUUUUCCUCCCUCUGUAGGGCGCCAAUCGGUCCCGGUGGACCACCACCUUCCUGCUCCGUGGGGGAACCUCCACCCGGUACGUCACCUCCCCCACUCUCUCUAUCACCAGGCACGGCCCCACCCAGGCACUGUCCAGCUUUGGGCACCGCCCCUUCUUGCGCGUGGGGUUGUGAAGCCACACGCGUUCUCCCGCUCCAAAGUGCCUCCCCCUAGCGCGUGAGUUAUAGUGGCGCUUUUGGCGCAUUCCUGCGUUCUCGAGUUGCUCUCUUGCGAAGGUGUGAGCCGCUUCUAACCGGUUCUGCAGACGACGAACAUAGUUCGGGCCAGGCAAAACCCCGUCGUCGUUAUCAGGAGGGUGGCCAAACGUCAGUUCGGCUGGGGUGCGCAACUCACGACCUAACAUUAGUAGCGCUGGGGAGCACGCAGUCGAUUCUUGAACAGCCGACCUACAUGCCAUAAGAAUAAACGGUAAGUGGGUGUCCCAAUCUCUCUGGUGUUUUGAGGUAACGAUAGCCAGCUGUUGUGCUAAUGUUCUGUUAAAUCUUUCCACCAGCCCAUCACUCUGGGGGUGAAGCGGAGUAGUGCGCGUCUUCUCCGCGCCUAACCGUCUACACAACUCUGAGAACACCCGUGACUCAAAGUUUCUCCCCUGGUCGCUGUGUAUAGACUGUGGCACCCCAAAUCGACUGAUUAUUCCCCCUACCAACGCAUCAGCUACUGUUUCUGCCUCCUGGUCUGGGAGAGCGUAAGCCUCUGGCCACUUGGUGAAGUAGUCCAUAGCAGUUAGAAUCCACCUGUUACCGCUGUCUGUGGUUGGAAACGGUCCAACUAUGUCUACCCCCAGUCUCUCCAUGGGCUCCCCUACUGGGAAUUGUUGUAGGAGGGCGUGUGACUGACCUGGAGGUCCUUUUUUAGCAGCACACUCGUCGCACUGCCUACAAAAGUCCUCCACAUCCCUCCUGUGCCUGGCCCAAUAGAAGCCUUUACGCACGCGCUUUAAUGUUUUGGAGACCCCAAAUGCCCUGCGCCUACUCCCCCGUGAAGCUGCUGUAACACGCUCCCUUGCAGCCUUUUGGGAACCACUACCUGCCACGUAAUUUCUCCAGUAGCUGGAGAGAACAGCGCCGGGAAGAUGGCUGCCGUUUUACAGCCCUCUAACCAAUUGUACUAUUAUGUGUGUUUUUCCGCGUUAUUUGUAAUUUAUUUUGUACAUAAUGUUUCUGCCAUCGUCUCUUAUAACCAAAAAGAGCUUCUGGAUAUCAGGACAGCGAUUACUCACCUCGCAUUGGACGAAGAUUUUUUCUUCAACGAGGCGGUCGCGAAGGAUAUCCUACAGACACCCGACAAGGCCCAGAUCCCCGUCAUUCGCGUGAGGAAGAGACGGAGAUAUCGCGGACGCAGAUCCGGGUGCCUUGUAAGGAUCCGACGGCGAGCGAGUAAACUGCCUCUCCCAUCAAUCCUACUAGCCAACGUUCAAUCUUUUGAGAAUAAAAUGGACGAGUUAAGAUUACGGUUAUCCUACCAACGGGACAUUAAAAACUGUAAUAUCUUAUGUUUCACGGAGUCGUGGCUGAACGACAACAAUGAUAACAUUCAGCUAGCAGGCUAUACGCUACAUCGGCAGGACAGAACGUAAGACAAGGGGCGGCGGUCUGUGUAUAUUUGUAAACAACAGCUGGUGCACAAAAUCAAAUACUAAGGAAGUCUCGAGGUUUUGCUCGCCUGAGGUAGAGUAUCUUAUGAUAAGCUGUAGACCACACUAUUUACCAAGAGAGUUUUCAUCUAUAUUUUUCAUAGCUGUCUAUUUACCACCACAAACCAAUGCUGGCAUUAAGAUUGCUCUGAAUGAGUUGUACAAGGCCAUUAAUCAACAGGAAAACGCUCAUCCAGAUGCAGCGCUCCUAGUGGCCGGGGACUUUAAUGCAGGGAAACUUAAAUCCGUUCUACCUAAUUUCUACCAGCAUGUUAAAUGUGCAACCAGAGGGAAAAAAACUCUAGACCACCUUUACUCCACACACAGAGACGCAUACAAAGCUCUCCCUCGCCCUCCAUUUGGCAAAUCUGACCAUAACUCUAUCCUCCUGAUUCCUGCUUAUAAGCAAAAACUGAAGCAGGAAGCACCAGUGAUUCGGUUAAUAAAAAAGUGGUCAGAUGACGCAGAUGCUAAGCUACAGGACUGUUUUGCUAGCACAGACUGGAACAUGUUCCGGGAUUCUUCAGACAGCAUUGAGGAGUACACCACAUCAGUCACUGGCUUCAUCAAUAAGUGCAUCGAUGAUGUCGUCCCCACAGUGACCGUACGUACAUACCCCAACCAGAAGCCAUGGAUUACAGGAAACAUCCGCACUGAGCUAAAGGGUAGAGCUGCCGCUUUCAAGGAACGGGACUCUAACCCGGACGCUUAUAAGAAAUCCCGCUAUGACCUCCGACGAAUUAUUAUUAUUAUUAUUAUUAUUAUUAUCAAACAGGCAAAGAGUCAAUACAGGUCUAAGAUUGAAUCAUACUACACUGGCUCUGACGCUCGUCGGAUGUGGCAGGGCUUGAAAACUAUUACAGACUACAAAGGGAAGCACAGCCGCGAGCUGCCCAGUGACACAAGCCUACCAGACGAGCUAAACCACUUCUAUGCUCGCUUCGAGGCAAGCAACACUGAAGCAUGCAUGAGAGCACCAGCUGUUCCGGAUGACUAUGUGAUCACGCUCUCCGUAGCCGAUGUGAGUAAGACUUUUAAGCAGGUCAACAUUCACAAGGCCGCAGGGCCAGACGGAUUACCAGGACGUGUACUCCGAGCAUGUGCUGACCAACUGGCAAGUGUCUUCACUGACAUUUUCAACAUGUCCCUGACUGAGUCUGUAAUACCAACAUGUUUCAAGCAGACCACCAUAGUCCCCGUGCCCAAGAACUCUAAGAUAACCUGCCUAAAUGACUACCGACCCGUAGCACUGACGUCUGUAGCCAUGAAGUGCUUUGAAAGACUGGUCAUGGCUCACAUCAACAGCAUAAUCCCAGAAACCCUAGACCCACUCCAAUUUGCAUACCGCCCCAACAGAUCCACAGAUGAUGCAAUCUCUAUCGCACUCCACACUGCCCUUUCCCACCUGGACAAGAGGAACACCUACGUGAGAAUGCUAUUCAUUGACUACAGCUCAGCAUUCAACACCAUAGUGCCCUCUAAGCUCAUCACUAAGCUAAGGAUCCUGGGACUAAACACCUCCCUCUGCAACUGGAUCCUGGACUUCCUGACGGGCCGCCCCCAGGUGGUAAGGGUAGGUAACAACACAUCUGCCACACUGAUCCUCAACACGGGGGCCCCUCAGGGGUGCGUGCUCAGUCCCCUCCUGUACUCUCUGUUCACCCAUGACUGCAUGGCCAGGCACGACUCCAACACCAUCAUUAAGUUUGCCGACGACACAACAGUGGUAGGCCUGAUCACCGACAACGAUGAGACAGCCUAUAGGGAGGAGGUCAGAGAUCUGGCCGUGUGGUGCCAGGACAACAACCUCUCCCUCAACGUGACCAAGACAAAGGAGAUGAUUGUGGACUACAGGAAAAAAAAGAGGACUGAGCACGCCCCCAUUCUCAUCGACGGGGCUGUAGUGGAACAGGUUGAGAGCUUCAAGUUCUUUGGUAUCCACAUCACCAACGAACUAUCAUGGUCCAAACACACCAAGACAGUCGUGAAGAGGGCACGACAAAGCCUAUUCCCCCUCAGGAGACUAAAAAGAUUUGGCAUGGGUCCUCAGAUCCUCAAAAAAUUCUACAGCUGCACCAUCGAGAGCAUCCUGACUGGUUGCAUCACCGCCUGGUAUGGCAACUGCUUGGCCUCCGACCGCAAGGCACUACAGAGGGUAGUGCGUACGGCCCAGUACAUCACUGGGGCAAAGCUUCCUGCCAUCCAGGACCUCUAUACCAGGCGGUGUCAGAGGAAGGCCCUCAAAAUUGUCAAAGACUCCAGCCACCCUAGUCAUAGACUGUUCUCUCUGCUACCGCACGGCAAGCGGUACCGGAGUGCCAAGUCUAGGUCCAAAAGACUUCUCAACAGCUUCUACCCCCAAGCCAUAAGACUCCUGAACAGCUAAUCAUGGCUACCCGGACUAUUUGCACUGCCCCCCCACCCCAUCCUUUUUACGCUGCUGCUACUCUGUUAAGUAUUUAUGCAUAGUCACUUUAACUCUACCCACAUGUACAUAUUACCUCAACUACCUCAACUAGCCGGUGCCCCCGCACAUUGACUCUGCAACGGUACCCCCCUGUAUAUAUAGCCUCCCUACUGUCACUUUAUUUUACUGUAUAUAUAGCCUCCCUACUGUCACUUUAUUUUACUUCUGCUCUUUUUUUCUCAACACUUUUUUUGUUGUUGUUUUAUUCUUACUUUUUUUGUUUAAAAUAAAUGCACUGUUGGUUAAGGGCUGUAAGUAAGCAUUUCACUGUAAUGUCUGCACCUGUUGUAUUCGGCGCAUGUGACCAAUAAAAUUUGAUUUGAUUUGAUUUGAUUUUCCACCCCCUCUGGAGCACUCCCUCAGCCACUCUAAGGACUGAGAAUUUAGCUCACAGUCCUUUGGUGACUGGUGAUAGAGGGGCUACUUCCCCCCACGGCGGUCGUCUUCUCUCUUCCACCCACCCCAGCACAGGACGCAGCUCUGCGUCCUCCUCCUGGCGACGCCUCCACUCCCCGACGUCCACAGCCUCAAGCUCCCGGCACUCUGUCACCCUCAGCUGACUCACCGUGGCGGUGACUCCCUCCUACAUGCACAGUUCCCUCUCUCGCUCCACCCGUUUGGCGCAGUACCCACAGCCGUCCUCAGCACACGGGCGGCGGGACAAGGCGUCUGCAUUGCUGUGGCGAAGGCCGGCCCUGUGCUUCACCUGGAAGUCGUAGGGUUGCAGCUCCUCCAACCAGCGGGCGAUCUGACCCUCUGGCUCCUUGAAGGAGAGAAGCCACUGCAGGGCGGAGUGAUCCGUCCGCACCACAAACAGCAGGCCCCCCAGGUAGUACUUGAAAUAGCGUACUGCUGCCACGACAGCCAAAAGCUCCCUCCUUGUCACGCAGUAGCGUUUUUCAGCCUUAUCAAAAGUUCUGCUGUAAUAAGCUACUACGUGCUCCCCGUCAGAACCACGCUGAGCCAGCACAGCCCCCAAGCCCUCAUUGCUUGCGUCGGUGUCCAGGAUAAACGGACGGUUCGGGUCUGGUGAGGACAGGACAGGGGCCUCCACCAGGGCACGUUUGAGGGCCUCAAACGCCCGCUGGUGCUCUUCGGUCCACUGAAAAACAGUGUCCUUCUUGAGAAGGUGGUUCAAAGGAGCUGCUAUCCCCACAAACCCUUUCACAAACCUACGAUAGUAGGAUGCCAGACCCAGGAAGCUCUUAACCUAUUUUUUCCCCCUUGGAAUUGGCCACCCCCUCACAGCCUCCACUUUGUCUGGCAUCGUGCUGAUGCCCUCACCACCCAGCUGAUGACCCAGGAACGCCACCUCCCUUUGCAUGAAAUGGCACUUUUCCGGGUGUAAUUUUAGCCCCGCCCCCGAGAUCCUCUCCAGCACUCGCCUAAGUGCCCCCAGUGCCCCCUCAAACGAUGUGCCGUGCACCAAUAUGUCGUCUAGGUACACGACACACUCGUCUCUUGGAACCCCCGCCAGCACUCUAUCCUUGAGCCUCUCAAAGGUGGCAGGAGCAUUACAAAGCCCGAAGCACAGCACCUUGAACUGCCAAUGGCCCCUAUCCGUGGAGAAGGCAGUUUUUUCACGUGCCCCAGGCGAGAGGGGCACCUGCCAGUAGCCACUGCGCAGAUCAAGGGAAGAGAACCACGAGGACCCUCUGACGUGGUCUAGCGACUCAUCGAUCCUCGGUAUGGGGUAAGAGUCUUUAGUGGUGACAGAAUUUAGGCCCCUGUAGUCCGCACAAAACCUAAGUUUACCCCCUUUCUUAGGCACCAUGACAACCGGCGCGGACCAUGGGCUAUCUGACGGCUCAAUGAAAUCAGCCCGCAACAUGUCAGCAAUAGCUGUGGCUGCUGCUUCCCUCUUGGCAAGGGGAAUGCGACGGGCCAAAUUUUAAUGGGUUGGUUGUCCCCAGUGUCGAUGUCGUGCUGAACCAGGUGCGUUUGCCCUACCUCAUCUUCCCCCCAAGCGAAGCUAUCUUUAAAGUCAAACAGCAGCUGCUUUAACUGUCUCUGUUGUCUCUCAUCCAGACCUUGACAGUUUUUCAGCCACACAGCCUCAACGGCGUCGAUAACUUCCUCCUUCCCCCCGUCGGGCUGAUGGGGUGAAGAAGCCAGUGUGUUUUGGGCUACUGGGCUGCCUGUGCUUGCACCAUUAUGGGGAGUGAAGGUCGUUGCCGCCGGAGACAGCUGCUGGGAUGGCACAACGACCAAGGGAGCAGCCGGGACAACCAGUGGAGUUUCGGCAAGCUUGGAGGAAGACGGAGGGACAGCCCUGCCCCCUGCUGGCCCUCCCGAAGGCGACAUUCCCACUGUGGGCCCCCCCGACAGCCUCAAAGUGCCCGAAGCUAAGUCCAACUGAGCCCCACAGUUUUUCAAAAAGUCCAUUCCCAGUAUACAGGGGUCCUGUACCGCUGCUACCCACACCGGACACCCCACAGUUCUCCCCCCCACAGUCACAGACAACCGACACUUCCCUAACAUGGGGGCUAGCUCCCCCGUGACAGUCCGUAGCUGGACAAGGGUCGGCUCCACCCACACCCCAACAGGUAGUAUGUCUGGUCUCACCAGGGUUACUGUAGAGCCUGUGUCGACCAGGGCCAAACAUUCCACCCCCUCUACCUUGACGAUGACAUUGCAGAAGUCCCCAAUGGUGGUACGUCCCACCACAACUACCGGACUAGGAAACACGGUGGCAGCUACACCCUGGGGAAGCAGGUCCCCACCCUCUUGCCUGUGCUGCUGGGUACCUCUUCUGCUUACUGUGGGUUCGGGGGCGGAGGGGUGGGCCCGCGCUGCCCCCUGCGCGAGAACCCGCUGUCGUUUCCCUGGUGACGGGAGAAUCUGCCACACUCCCGCUGAAUGUGGCCAGGCUGGCCACAACCUCAGCAGACAAUGGGAGUUGAGCUGACACUGCGAUGUUGUCUGGAGCCCCUCUCAAUGACAAGCGAAGCGGUCUUGACUAACCCGCCCAACUCGUCGACCCACUCUGGUUUGGUGACCCCCGGCACCCCGGCCGCCGCUGCUCUCACCUCUGGUUGACUGGCAACCUCCACUCUCACUCCCUCACCCCAGAUCAGCUCCCUCUUCCUGGCUAUCUCCACUGCAGCCCGCAGAGAUGCUGGGUCCGACAUCUGAACAUGCUUACCCAGUUCGGUGGGGGAGAGCGCUCUAAUAAAACUGUCCCGUGCCAGCUCGUCUUGCACCCCAAUCGGCAUAGUUGCAUAAGCCCGCCUGGUCAGGCUCAGAAUAUCACUUGCCAACGCCUUUAAUGAUUCCCCCUGAAGUCUCUUUUUGUUACUCAGUCCAAUCCGCAGCAUGUUGGGCUGUGCAUCACUGCCGAAACGGCCCCCCAAUGCCUCCACUAGCGCACCGUAGUCACCCCUCUCGUCCGGAGCUAGCGUUAGCAGGCAUGACGCCUCCUCUGCCAGGCUCAGGGCAAGCUGUAACCCUUUCGUCUCGUCAGACCACCUCCCGGCUCUAGCCAACAACUCGAAUUGAGUGAAAAAAACGUCCCAUUUACCUUGUCCAUUGAACUUUGGAAGUUUAGCCGCUACCGUGGCUAAUGGCAAUAUGGCGCUGCCAUCUCUGUUUACAUAAGGAGGCCCAGCCAUUUCCGCACGCGGUGACGUCGAUAUCUCCGUCGCCGUGACGUCUGUUCUGGCCGAGCGGUUUGAAGGAAAACCCGCCCGUUCUGCCAUCUUGCUGACUGACAAUUUAACUUCCGCCAUGUGGCUCUCCAGCUCUUCUACAGCCGUCGUCGCCUGACCCUCCCGACCGGGUACACCCGAGCCCACAACGGACACUUUGUUCGACUCUUCCUUAAUUUUCCGCCUCGCCCCGAUCAUCAUGACCGUAGAUGCGAGUCACGCUAAAGCUAACCACGGCCUAUACUGAAACAGCUAACUCGCCUAAUCUCGAUCUAUCCCGUCAUUCGAAAGCACUUCUGACACCAAUGUAAUGACCCAGCUGGGUCAUAAAGUAAAAGAGAGACGGGCACCAGGUGUACAGGCAGAACACAGGUUUAUUCCUGAAUGGGCUAUUGUUCAGGCCACAGCCCACGCCGCUAAACCUCGAACAUACACAAAUAUAACAUGUCAAGUCAAGGGUCCCAAAACAGAAGAGAGAGAGAUGAGACCGUAACCCCUAUUUAAGCAUUCCAAAACCCCGCGGGAUUACCCAUCAUACACCCCCAACCUUUCCAUCUGUCCUGGCAUAUUUAACCCCUGCUAGCACCCAUGAGAACGAUAACACACCCACGAACACAGAACACAAUACCGGGUCGUUACAGUAUAUUGUUUUUUGUGGUGUGGUUUUCAUAGAAGCUUCCAGCCACACCUGCACACCGUUCUUUUGUUUUUAAUAAAAUCAAUUGGGAUGGAACAAAUUGGCCAGGUUAGCUACCGUAGGCGACAUGUGAUACAGCUGUCCUGUGGGAAGCAACUCACGUCGGCAAAACUCGAUACAACACCGUUGCACUGGUCAUUCGCACCGGCUUGUCGUAACGUUAACUAAUUGGCAUGUCACGGUGAUAUUCAGAUGGUGACCAAUGCUACAAGUUAUUUCUACGUCGUCCAUUUAAAUAAACAACACUUUCUUUUACAAGUUUUAACAAGCGCCAUGCUGCUGUUGUUGCCAGCUAGCCAGCAUAUACUUGCUAGCUGGGAAGGGCUCAUCAUGACUGAACCGAAUCUGCUCAUCUCCACUUUACUCAGCAGGCAUGUCCUUAUAGCCUCUCGGUUUCUCCAUAAUAUGGAUAUAUUGUGUCAUAUUAUGUCGGUCUGGUUGAGUGUCAGUCUGUCCAGUAGCUGGCUUUGUGUGUUUGUGCUUAAUUCAAGGGAUUUUCAGUUUUAUGUUAUGCAACCCCAAAGUUAGCUUUCACCUUUCUCCAGAUACCUAAUGUACAGUACAUUAUCUCCCUCCCUCUCUCUGCCCCUCUCCUCUCUCGUCCCCCUCACCUCUCUCUCUCUCUCUCUUUCAUUCUCAUUUUCUUUUUCUUCUCUCACUCAAACCUUUCCUCUUCCCCCUUUGUUUUGUGCUCCCCCCUUCUCUCCCCCCCCCCCUUUCCCCCAGCAGCAAAGUGGAGCGUCCCCCGUCGUUGAGCCUGUACCCCAGUGGAGAGGGCAUGGGGAUGGUAGGUUGGGGUCUCGGGGGGGCUAGGAUGAUAAUGUCUGGGUCUGGGACUGACGUCUGGCAGGUCAGCGAGCUCAUCCAAUUCCGCUACACCUCUGGCUACCAGGUGUGAUAGAGGCUCCGUCACAAAUGGCACCCUUUUCCCUUUAUAGUCCACUACUUUUGACCAGAGCACUAUGGGCCGUGGUCAAAACUAGUGCACUAUAAAGGGAAUUGGUUGUCAUUUGGGACGGAGCCAAACACUCCCCCUGGACCUCACGUCUGCAGAACACGUCAUGCCUUACGUCAUGCCACACCCACCACCACCAUCGUCAUUCGGAAUCAUCCAGACACAUCCCUCACGCCUGUUUGUGUCCCUUGUCUUCCAAGGGCUUUUCUUUGUGGUGUUUGUUGAUUGUUUUAAGGCAGUGAGUAUAAUGAAGACAUGACAGUGGAUGAACAGAUAUGAUGAAUACAUAAUAGAACAUAACUUAGCUUCUAUCAUCCUGUUUGCACCUGUCUUCACAUCCCGUUUCACAUUGCCAAUCAAAAGUUUGGACACACCUACUCAUUCAAGGGUUUUCCUUUAUUUUAACAAUUUUUUACAUUGUAGAAUAAUAGUGAAGACAUCAACACUAUGAAAUAACACAUGGAAUCAUGUAGUAACCAAAAAAGUGUUAAACAAAUCAAAAUAUAUUUUAUAUUUGAGAUUCUUAAAUUGCCACCCUUUGCCUUGAUGACAGCUUUGCACACUCUUGGCAUUCUCACAACCAGCUUCACCUGGAAUGUUUUUACAACAGUCUUGAAUGAGUUCCCACAUAUGCUGAGCACUUGUUGGCUGCUUUUCCUUCACUCUGCGGUCUGACUCAUCCCAAACCAUCUCAAUUGGGUGGAGGUCGGGGGAUUGUGGAGGCCAGGUCAUCUGAUGCAGCACUCCAUCACUCUCCUUCUUGGUAAAAUAGCCCUUACACAGCCUGGAUGUGUGUUGGGUCAUUGUCCUGUUGAAAAACAAAUGAUAGUCCCACAAAGCCCAAACCAGAUGGGAUGGCGUAUCACUGCAGAAUGCUGUGGUAGCCAUGCUGGUUAAGUGUGCCUUGAAUUCUAAAUAAAUCACAGACAGUGUCACAAGCAAUGCACCCCACACCAUAACACCUCCUCCUCCAUGCUUUUCGGUGGGAAAUACACAUGCGGAGAUCAUCCGUUCACCCACACCGCGUCUCACAAAGACAUGGCGGUUGGAACCAAAAAUCUCAAAUUUGGACUCCAGACCAAAAGGACACAUUUCCACAGGUCUAAUGUCCAUUGCUCGUGUUUCUUGGCCUAAGCAAGUGCCUUCUUCUUAUUGGUGUCCUUUAGUAGUGGUUUCUUUGUAGCAAUACAAUCAUGAAGGUCUGAUUCACACAGUCUCUUCUGAACAGUUGAUGUUGAGAUGUGUCUGUUACUUGAACUUUGUGAAGCAUUUAUUUGGGCUGCAAUUUCUGAGGCUGGUAACUCUAAUGAACUUAUCCUCUGCAGCAGAGGUAACUCUGGGUCUUCCAUUCCUGUGGCGGUCCUCAUGAGAUCCAGUUUCAUCAUAGCACUUGAUGGUUUUUGCGACUGCACUUGAAGAAACUUUAAAAGUUCUUGAAAUGUUCCGUAUUGAUUGACCUUCAUUUCUUAAAGUAAUGAUGGACUGUUGUUUCUCUUUGCUUAUUUGAGCAGUUCUUGCCAUAAUAUGGACUUGGUCUUUUACCAAAUAGGGCUAUCUUCUGUAUACCCUCCCCCCUUGUCACCUUGUCACAACACAACUGAUUGGCUCAAAUGCAUUAAGAAGGAAAGAAAUUCCACAAAUUAACUUUUAAGAAGUUGCAUUCCAGGUGACUAUCUCAUUAAGCUGGUUGAGAGAAUGCCAAGAGUGUGCAAAGCUUUCAUCAAGGCAAAGGGUAGCAAUUUAAGAUUCUCAAAUAUAAAAUAUUUUUUGAUUUGUUUAACACAUUUUUGGUUACUACAUGAUUGCAUAUGUGUUAUUUCAUAGUUUUGAUGUCUUCACUAUUAUUCUAUAAUGUAGAAAAUAGUAAAUAUAAUGAAAAACCCUUGAAUGAGCAUGUCUGUUCAAACUUUUGACUGGUAGUGUGAUGCUUUGUUACUAAAUGUACGCGCAAGAUUGUAAGUAUAAGCAAGAUCUUGAAGAUUGCAAUGAGCCUUGCAAGAGAAGAACCCUGGCUUCUCCACCCUUCAGACUAAAUGUGCGCUUGCAUACUCUCCGUCAUUGAUUUAAAAGCAUUGGCUUGGUGCAAACAUUGUCUGGAGGGAGUUUCCACCAUUGUUAAAUCCAUGAAGGGAAGUGUGCAAGUGUACACUUUGGGAGAAGGGUGGAGAAUUGGGAUGCGGGAUCUUUAACAAUGUAGCCCCUUGACCUCUUUAACCCCUGACCUCUGACGCCCCAGGAGGAUGGUUCCGAGUCGGAUUCAGUGGCGGCCACGCCCAGUAGCACAGGAAGUAAGUCCAACACGCCCACUUCCUCCGUCCCUUCCGCCACCGUCACGCCCCUCAACGAGGGCUUCCUCCCGCCCGGCGAGUUCGACCCAAUGCAUGCUGUAAGCCGCGGCAGGAAGAGUGCCAAACGCCUCAGCAGAAACAUGGAGGUGCAGGUCUCUCAGGAAACCAGGAACGUCAGCAUCGGUGCGUGUAACGUGCAGUUUCACACACACACGCACACACACACUCACGCACACACACACGUUAGCAUGAGUGGAUCAUUGUGUGAUCAGGGCCUGUAUUCAUAAAGUCCCUUUGAGAAGGAGUGCUGAACUAGGAUCAGGUCACCCCCUGUCCAUGUAAUCUUAUUCAUUAUGAUCGAAAAGGAAAAACGGAUCCUAGAUGAUGGCUCCUAUUCUGAGAUGCUUUGUGAAUAUGGUAUUGAGUGUGUAUGAUAUUCUAUAUGUACUCAGGUAUGGGUAGCAGUGACGAGUGGUCUGAAUUCCAAGAGAUCAUUGAUUCCACCCCAGAGCUGGAUAUGUGUCUUUAUGGUGGAGGAAACAGGUAACGCACACACGCACACGCACACACACACACACACACACACACACACAGCAUUUAUUACAUAUCAGUGUGUGUGUCAGUCCUUCCCAGGGCAUCGUGAACGAGGCGUUCGGUAUCAACACCGACUCUCUCUACCACGAGAUCAAGGAUGCCAAGUCUGACAUCAUCGGGGACGUGGACGCCGGGGCGGAGCUUCUAGGUAAGCCAAUCAGAGGAGCAUUGGGUGGGGUAUAUGCAAAUUAGCUAUUGGAAGGCAGCGUAGGCCAGUCUCUGGUUAUGUUCCAGGCUGUCUACAUUGCAAACGUUGCAUUGCAUUAACCAAUGGUUGUGUGCCAUGUCAUCGACUGGCACACAACCUGCACAGUCGGGUUGCUAUUGCUAUUUCAAAUGAUGUGGUUAGCUGAUAUGUUAAACACCUAUCCAGCAUUGUGAGUUCUGGCAUGCGUCUGAAAUGUAGUCAUCCUGGAACCCAACCUCUGUCUGCACUAAGCAGAAAGUCAUUGGGAAUGUAAGCUGCAGUGCUUAGUACUAAGCUGGUGGGUGCCCCAAACACCUCAAAAAGAGCAAAUGGUUAUUUCUGUGAAAUAUGUUUUGCUUCUUUUUUUGGUAUAAAUAUCACAAUUAAGCGCUAUGUUUAGAGGCUGUGUCACCAGCUGUGUCACCGUUGCCAUAGCACUGGCUGGCUCUGAACUUUGACCCUGCACACAGCGGAAUGUUCACCACCACCGCACAUCCCCGGCAGCUCCCCCAUCCUCCACCGCACCGCAAAGCACCCUGGGAUAUCACUUGCACCAUGGCUGCAGUCCCCUUUGAUUUGAUAUAUUUGAAUGGUUGAUUUUACAGGGCAAGCUAAAUUAUUCUUGAUUUAGUCUUGGUUUACUUUUUGAGUUGACAGAGCUUCAUGAUUGGUUUAUUUCACUGCGAUCAUAUUAGUUUAUUGACCCGUGACCCUUCUCUGUGCUUCCUCUCUCCCUUCCUGUGUAUGCUGGACAUGCCCCUAGGGGAGUUCUCAGGUGUGUAUCUGAACCCUCUAUUUCUCACACACACACAUACACACCCCUGCCUCCCACCUUCCAAGACACACACGAAGUACCACUCUAUGCCUGUAGGCUUUACCUAAUGACACGAUGCUGGCAUUCCAGGCUACAACAGUUGUUUUAAAUGUUGAUCUAGUCCAGAUAUCAUAGAGAUAAUGCUCUCUUUGAUUGGUUGGUCGUAAUGUUACAAAGCUCAACUGAACCCUGUGGUCAAUGAAGGUGAAUCUUUCAAUGUUUGUCGCGCUGACUCUAAACGGACUACUAGUGUUCUCUGCUCUUGGACAGAUCCAAGCUCUCUUAUUGCUCUCUCAAGCUUUAGUAUAUAACAAGUGCUUAUCAGCAUUCUCUCUCCUCUCUCUCUUUUAUCUCACCCCAUUCCUCCUCUCUCUCUCUCUCUCUGGUCUGUGCCCCCCUCCCUCUUUCUUUCUCCUUCUCUCUCUCCCCAUUUCUCUUCCUCUCUCCCAGUCCGUGAUGAUUUUUUCGGUAAGGCUCCCUCUAGCCUUAUUCAGCAUCUCUGGCUGUUGCUCAUCCUCCCAUGUUGUUGUGUCUGUCUGUGAUGUCUCGUCUUUUCUGCGUUCUAUGUUGUGAUGCCAUUUCCUACCUGUUUCUCUGCUGUGAUGUCACUUCCUCCCAUUGCCUGUUGGCUUUUAUUUGAGUCUAGCAAGCUAUUUCUUCUUCUUUUGUAUUUGUUUUUUACCUUUAUUUAGAUUUUAAAUCCGUUGCUUCGUCCUCAUGUUGUUUGACUCUGUGAAAGCGCAUUUCCGUUUUAUUUGAGCAUGUCACAGCAAACACAUCAUUAUCGUAUCUGUAUUUCUUUUGGGAAAUCUUUUGGGCUUUUCUUGGUUUCAUUUCAGCUUGCGGGAGUUGGCUUAAACACCAUGAUGCUCCCCAAAACCUCCAAACCUUCAUACAUUACUGAUGUAGAAUUAGUCCAUAAAUAGCCCCAGAAUUCAUAUUCAAAGACGAUUCAUGUGUUCAUGAAAAAAGGUUAACUAAGUUUAUAGUUAAUGAACACUUGGAGAGUCCAUGAAGUGUUUAUAGAUCUAUAAAAUGAGUGUAGCCUGGUCCCAGGUCUGUUUGUGCUCUCUUGCCAACUGUUUGGCAAGACAAACAGCACAAACAGAUCUGGGAUCAGGCUGGAAAGAGUGUUGUUAGUGCUAAUCAAUGCUAACGCUAAUGCUAACUAAUACGUCACAGGGAUGGGCAAGGAGGUGGAAAAUCUUCUGACGGAGAACAAACAUCUUCUGGAGACCAAGUAAGUGUGUGUGUGUGUUAUAAACUCACACUUGUUUGUUGUGCUGCUGGAUAUUAACGAUGGAUUGGUGCAAGAUAGAUUUACUAGAGGGGGCUGUUCUUUUGCAAGGGUUGAGUAAAAAUGCAAUUAUUUGGAUGAAUAGAGAGAGCACACACACACAGACAUGCAAGGAUAGUAAGACAUGGAGAGAAAAUGGGUUUUCCUUUUCUUUUAUUUCGUUUUGUCUGUUUUCUUUUGAGGCGGGGUUACAGGUACAAAAAAACUAUCAAAGAAAUGCAUACAAAAUAACCUCCAACCCAUUCUCCCCCUCAGUCCCCAUCCACCUGCCUGCGUCCUCCCUCCCCACCUGGAAACCAUGCCCCCCCCCGCCCUCCCCCACAACAGGUUUUCCAGUUGAAAUUCCUUUCGAUUGGCACCCAAAGACUUUUGUUUAAUUAUUGAGUUAAGCAGUACAAUUAUUGUGUGUGGUCUUCUGUAGCUCAGCUGGUAGAGCACGGCGCUUGUAAUGCCAAGGUAGUGGGUUCGAUCCCCGGGACCACCCAUACACGCAUGACUGUAAGUCGCUUUGGAUAAAAGCGUCUGCUAAAUGGCAUAUUAUUAUUAUUAUUCAUUGAUUCCCAUUUCUCCCCAUGCAGAAAUGCUCUGAACAUCGUGAAGAACGACCUGAUAGCCAAAGUGGACGAGCUCUCUGGGGAGCAUGAGGUGCUGCGAGAGGAACUGGAGGCCCUUAGGACUGCCAAGAACAAAGUAGAUGCAAAGGUUAAAGAACUGGAAGAAGAGCUGAAGAGGUGAGGGGUGGUGGGAGUGUGUGUGUGUGUGUGCGUGCGGGCAUAGUGUGUGUGACUUGGGACUCUUAUCACCCUUUGCCUCCUCAGGUUGAGAGCAGAGGCUCUGACUCUGGGAGCAUCUCAGGACUCCAAGGAUGAAGGAGGAGAAGAUGUGAGUAAAACAAACAAACAAAUAAACAUUUAGUCAUAUAGCAGACACUCUUAUCCAGAGUGACUUACAGUUAGUGCAUUAGUAGCUAGAUACAACAACCACAUAUCACAGUCAUAGUCAUAAGCUAGGUUUCCAUCCAAUUGGCAACAGAUUUUCAUGCGAAUAUUCUAAAAUGUGUUUCCAUCAGAGAUGUGUUUCCAUCAAAUUGACUUGUUGCGGAUAAAAGGCUGUGCGUGGUGACUUAGUGCACAUUAAAAAAAACGUUUGCGGUUAAAUUCCCAUGCGACGAAUAAAAAUACAAUUUUAAUGGGUUUCCAUCGCGUGUUCAACUCUACUGAUGGUUUUGUCACAAAACAUUUUUGGUUAUAUAGCGAAUGUGCCCACUCUGGUCUUGGCACAUGCGUUCUAGCCAAUACCUCACAGAUACAGUCCGGGAAUAGCCUACUAUGUGACGAGAUUAUUAUGGACAAAAGAGCGAGAUUGUUUUCACUUGUCAAACAGCAGCCAAGCAUCGAUCAUCAUGUCACCAGAAUAAGACCCUAGAUAUUUAUUGGAAAGGAGCAUUAAGCUCAUCACUGUGGACUUUCACCACUCUGUGAAGUUCAUAACUUAUUUCAUUUGUAUCAUAAUAAACUGCAUGCUUUCCCGAGUCGUAGUGGGAGGGCCACACAACACAUCAUCGCGUGACUCCAAGUUUACUUCGAUUUGAUGGUUAUUAUACUGAACAAAAAUAUAAACACAACAUGCAACAAUUUCAAAGAUUUUACUGAGUUACAGUUCAUAUAAGGAAAUCAGUCAAUUGAAAUGAAUUCAUUAGGCCCUAAUCUAUGGAUUUCACAUGACUGUUGUGUGACAAAACUGCACAUUUUAGAUUGGCCUUUUAUUGUCCCCAGCACAAGGUGCACCUGUUAUCUCCCGAGUGGCCCAGUGGUCUAAGGCUGUGCCACUAGAGAUCCUGGUUCGAAUCCAGGCUCUGUCGUAGCCGGCUGCGACCGGGAGACCCAUGGGGCGGCGCACAAUUGGCCCAGUGUCGUCCAGGGUAGGGGAGGGAAUGGCCGGCAGGGAUGUAGCUCAGUUGGUAGAGCAUGGCGUUUGCAACGCCAGGGUUGUGGGUUCGAUUCCCACGGGUGGCCAGUAUGAAAAAAUAAUAAUGUAUGCAUUCACUAACUGUAAGUCGCUCUGGAUAAGAGCGUCUGCUAAAUGACUAAAAUGUAAAUGUAAUGAUCAUGCUGUUUAAUCAACUUCUUGAUAUGCCACACCUGUCAGGUGGAUGGAUUAUCUUGGCAAAGGAGAAAUGCUCACUAACAGGAAUGUAACAAAAUGUUUGCACAAAACUUGAGAGACAUAAGAUUUUUAUGCGAAUGGCAUAUUUCUGGGAUAUUUUAUUUCAACUCAUGAAACAAGGGACCAACACUUUACAUUUUGCGUUUUAUAUUUUUGUUUAGUAUAUAUUAAUUUUACAAACAGAAAAAGAUCCCACCUUGUCUAGUGUAUUUUGUUUUGUCUACAUUUGGAAAGUUUACUGACAAAUUUGCUAUUUCCAUCAGGCCUGUGGUGAUAUUUUUUAUCCGACAUGUACUUUACUCGGGACCACCCAUACACAAAAAUGUAUGCACGCAUGACUGUAAGUCACUUUGGAUAAAAGCGUCUGCUAAAUGGCAUAUUAUUAUUAUUUAUAUUAUAUAAAAAGGUUGGAUGGAAACCUGGUUUCUGUAAGUAACAUUUUCUUUAAUAAAGCAGAAAAAUCUAGUAAGAAAAGACUAGUGCAACAAGAAAGGCAAGUACAACAGUGAUUUUUAGUUUUUUUCAAAUGUCGAAUUACUGUAGUUGGUAGAUUUGUUGUAUAUGGGUUAAUCCUGAGAGAAUGCCACCUGCUACAUUACUAUUGAGAUUCUUGUGCCAGCCUUCUCCGUAGAACUGACCUUGGUAGUUUGACAGAAAUGCCUUUGCAGGAGCCCUCAAUCCUAAUUGAGCUCAUAUGAAAUUCACACCCGCAUUUCACAUACCUACCUGUUCAACUAAGAUUAGCUAGGGCAGGGGUUCCCAAACAUUUUUUUGGCCCAUGACCCCAUUUUGAUAUUUAAAAAAAGAUUGUGACCCCACCAUGUAAAGAAAGUGAUCAACGGUCAAUGUUUACUUUUGUAGUUGGGGUUAUGACAGUCUAUUACAAAUCACUCUGAUAGUACUUUUGACAGUAUUUCAAUCUGAAGGAAGUAUGGUUUGAAGUGACUGAAAUGCAUCAGAAAGGUAUUUGGAAGUUCAGAAGAGUUUGUAUGACCUUGAUUGUUCUUUUUCCUCUGUCUGAUUUAGUGCCUGGUCUUGUCCACUAUGUUCUGAUGAGUCCUGCGUGGCUUGUAGGCAUUGUAGAGGGAAACAAAAAAACAUACAGUGCAUUCGGAAAGUAUUCAGACCCCUUCACUUUUUCCACAUUUUGUUACGUUUAGGGCUGUGGCGGUCAUGACAUUUUGUCAGCCAGUGAUUGUCAGGCAAAUAACUGCCAGUCUCACGGUAAUUGACUGUUAAUUAACAUAAACACAUUUAGCUUCUCCUGUCUUCCACGCAUAGCCUACAAGCCACUGAUGCAGACCUUUGGAACAUCUACAUUUUAAAAAGUCUAAUAAAUUAAUGUAAUAAAGCCUACACCAUCACAAUAAGUCCAUUAUUUAUUUUAGACCGGUCUAAAGAAACAUGAAGAAAUUAUAGUCUAUUUCAGAAGAACAGAAUAGCAUACUCUGGGUUGUCCUUAUGUUAGGCCCUGAUCUGGCUAUGCCAUAUGGCUGUGGGCUACACUAGUUCAUUUAGCAAACAAGAUUUUCUUAGAAUUCCGUAGCAUUAUUUAAAUUAUUUUAUAGUGUGAAGAAUACAAUUGAACAUAGCCACACAUGCGGCUAUUCUGUGUUAAACAGGUACUCCUAUAUGCUUAAUUUAGAGUUAUUUAUGUAACUUUAGUUGUGAUACAAAUGUUGGGCUUUGAUUUUUAAUACAUUCUAAGGCUGCAUGAUGCAACUCUAAUGAUGAUUUGAAAAAAGUUGCAUGAAAGGCAUGAGCUCUGCUUUGUUUGUUGCGCAGGCUGAACACACUUCAUCAGUCUCUCAUUCACAAUUUGACAAGCAGUUGAUAAUGCCUCAAAUUUCCCGGCUGCAUCCCCUUCGUCUGGCCAUAAUCCCCCUAAAAAAAUAUAUGCCUUUUGUGGCCAGUGGCCGUUAUGCCCUUGGGUUGAAUAUAAUUAUAAUUCCCUUCUUCCGGCUGCGUGCCAAAGCACCUCUCACUCACAUAGCUCUCAGUCACGUGAUCGGGUCUUUCUCACAGGCUACAAGUGAAGACAGACAAAUUGUGGACGCAAGUGCGCACGUCCUUAUCCAUUUCUGAGGCGCAUAUUGAAGAUAUUGGAAGAACUGUCCACAUUUACUUUUCGUCAGCCAACAAUAUGAGUAGGUCUAACGAACAGCAAAAGCACUAGCCUAUGUCAAUCUACUAUCCCCCAUAGUACAAAAGUUGACCUGUUCUACUCUGUGCGAGAAAUAAAUAUUCAAAAUAUAGUCCGGGACAGUUGUGGGAUGCGAUAGAUCCCAAAUUAAUACAACCAGUAGCAUAGAAAAACCUGUUUUAAGCAAUGAGCUCUACGCAACAGAUGAGAACGUUUAGCUUAAAUGUUGAUAAACUAUUAGGCUAUUUCUUCACAUUAUAAGCGCAGCAAUGCGCACACAGCAGUAGGCUAUAAGCGCAAAUGUUCCAUUAGCAGGAAAAAACCAUUCUCAAAAGUGACCACAAAUGCGAUUAUGCAUGUAAUGCUUUUAUAAUAAAGGUGCAUUUUUAUGGUGAACAUUAUCUUCCUCAAACUUGAAACUCACGUAUGUAUGCCAGUUAGGCUCUACACUGUAAAGCGGAUUAAUGUGCUUCAUUUUAAGAAGUUAUUUGGCCACUUUAGUUGUGAUACAAACCUUAUCAAAACAUAUAGGCCUAUGGGCUAGGCUACAUGAGGUGUGCGACUAUGAUUUGAAAAAGUUGCAAAGAAAAGCAUGCGCUGUUUGCCUCCAGCUGGGCAUCAUUGACAAGUGAUAGGCUAAUGUUGUCAACCAUCAUUCUAUUCUUGAUUUAAUCUUGUCUUUACAUAUACUAAAUAAUAUAUGUAUGAAAUUUGUUUUGAUCUAGAAUGGACAAUUAUCAUGCACCUGUCUCGAAACAGGGGCAGCGGGGAAAAAAUGCACUUAGAUGUCAUCUAUGCACUUAGAUAGCUUUUUCCGUGGUUCAUUUUCAUGCCAGCCAGGUAGGCUAUACUCCUGUUGUAAAGAGAAACAAUGUGCUUAAUAUUAGGAAGGUUGAGAAAUAAAUAUAGUAGACCUAGCCUAUAGAAAGCUGAUGGGAUCCUCCUCGUUUUAAUAGAGGCCAUCACUCUGUUUUUUAUUACUGCAUAGCCUAUAGAAAUGUUGCGCAACGUGAGCUCAUGGGCUCUCAUUAAGUGUUUGAUUAGAUUUCGAAUACAUUUGCAUUGAUGUCAGAGUGAGUAGAUGGACAAUAGAGUGCUGAGUACCAGGUAGUUAGCCAGUUUGGUAGGCUACUAAUGACCAUCAGCAGCAUCAGAGCUUGGAGAAGCCUAAUUACGUGACUAAACAGUUACAUGGAAUUUGACUGCCAUCAUGACCGCCGGUGUGGCGGUAAUGCAGUUACCGUAACAACCCUAGUUACGUUACAGCCUUAUUCUAAAAUGGAUUCAAUCAUUUUUUCCCCUCAUCAAUUUACACACAAUACCCCAUAAUGACAAAGUAAAAACAUGUUUUUACUCUUUUGCAAAUGUAUAAAAAUUUACGUAAGUAUUCAGACCCUUUACUCAGUACUUUGUUGAAGCUCCUUUGGCAGUGACUAAAGCCUAGAGUCAUCUUGGGUAUGAUGCUACAAGCUUGGCAGACCUGUAUUUGGGUAGUUUCUCCCAUUCUUCUCUGCAGAUCCUCUCAAGCUCUAUCAGGUUGGAUGGGGAGUGUCGCUGCACAGCUAUUUUCAGGUGUCUCCAGAGAUGUUAAAUCGGGUUCAAGUCCAGGCUCUGGCUGGGCCACUCAAGGACAUUCAGAGACUUGUCCCGAAGCCACUCCUGCGUUGUCUUGUCUGUGUGUUUAGGGUCGUUGUCCUGUUGGAAGUUGAACCUUCGCCCCAGUCUGAGGUCCUGAGCACUCAUGAGCAUGUUAUCAUCAAGGAUCUCUCUGUAGUUUGCUCCGUUCAUAUUUCCCUUGAUUCUGACUAGUCUCCCAGUCCCUGCCGUUGAAAAACAUCCCCACAGCAUGAUGCUGCCACCACCAUGCUUCACCGUAGGGACGGUAUUGGCCAGGUGAUGAGCAGUGCAUGGUUUACUCCAGACGUGACUCUUGGCAUUCAGGCCAAAUAGUUCAAUCUUGGUUUCAUCAGACCAGAGAAUCUUGUUUCUCAUGAUCUGAGAGUUCUUUAGGUAGCUUUUGGCAAAUUCCAAGCGGGCUGUCAUGUGACUUUUACUGAGGAGUGGCUUCUGUCUGGGUACUCUACCAUAAAGGCCUGAUUGGUGGAGUUCUGCAGAGAUGGUUGUCCUUCUGGAAGGUUCUCCCAUCUCGACAGAGGAACUCUGGAGCUCUGUCAGAGUGACCACCGGGUUAUUGCUCACCUCCCUGACCAAGGCCUUCUCCCCCGAUUGCUCAGUUUGGCCGGGCGGCCAGCUCUUGGUGGUUCCAAACUUCUUCAAUUUAAGAAUGAUGGAGGCCACUGUGUUCCUGGGGACCUUCAAUGUUGCAGAAAGGGUUUGGUACCCUUCCACAGAUCUGUGCCUCGACACAAUCCUUUCUCGGAGCUCUACGGACAAUUCCUUCGACCUCAUGACUUGGUUUUUGCUCUGACAUGCACUGUCAACUGUGGGACCUUAUAUAGACAGGUGUGCCUUUCCAAAUCAUGUCCAAUCAAUUGAAUUUACCACAGGUAGACUCCAAUCAAGUUUUAGAAACAUGUCAAGGAUGAUCAAUGGAAAAGGGAUGGACCUGAGCUCAAUUUCGAGUCUCAUGGUAAAGGGUCUGAAUACUUAUGUAAAUAAGUUAUUUCUGUUUUUUAUUUGUAAUACAUUUGCAAAAAAAUCUAAAACCUGUUUUUGCUUUGUCAUUAUGGGGUAUUGUGUGUAGAUUGAGGGGAAAAAAUAAUUUAAUCAAUUUUAGAAUAAGGCUGUAAAGUAACAACAUUUUGAAAAAGUGAAGGGGUCUGAAUACUUUACAAAUGCACUGUACGUGUUCCUUAGAGUCUUAUCUUUAAGUGAUGGGGUCAAAAUAUUUUGUAGUUUAAACCAUUCAAAAGAAAGAAAGAAGAAAAUAGAAACCGCUCUGUUUAUUACAACCACAUCUAGCGGCUACCAGAGAUACAUACGUAAAAAUGUAUGCACACAUACAAGUCGCUUUGGAUAAAAGUGUCUGCUAAAUGGCAUAUUAUUAUUAUUAUUAUUAUUAUUAUAGAUUCUCUCGCGACCCCAUUUUCAAAUCAGGUGACCCCUAUUUUGGGAAACGCUGAUCUAGGGGCAUGUUGAGCUAACUAUGCCUCUCGGGUUGGCAUUGAAUAGUUUGCUUUUAGCCUUCUGAAAAUGUUGUGAAAUAGAAAAUAUCUGAUAGCCAGCACAGAACAGUUUGAGGUUGGCUGGCACGACAGUGUAAAAGGGUAUGAAUGCAACAUAUGCCCUCUCUCCUCCCCCCUUCUCUCUUCUUCCCUUCUCAUCCUCCCCUCUCUCUUCCUCUCUUCUCUCCUCCUCCCCUCUCUCCUCCCUUCUCGCCUCCUCCCUUCUCUCCUCCUCCUUUUCUCCCUCAGUACUCGUCUCCGAUGGUGGAUGGGGAUGUGACCAUGACGCAGCGUCGGCGUUUCACGCGGGUGGAGAUGGCCAGGGUCCUGAUGGAGAGGAACCAGUACAAGGAGAGACUAAUGGAACUACAGGAGGCCGUCCGGUGGACAGAGAUGAUCAGGUGAGGAGAGGAGAAGGAGGAGUGGGGGGAGGGAGGAGGGGAGUGAGGGGUGAAGGGGAGAGGAACCAGUACAAGGAGAGGCUGAUGCAGUAGGCUGUCUGGUGGACAGAGAUGAUCAGGAGAGGCAGGCCCUGUCUCCUAUAUUUAGCAUGACAAUGACCAUAGAAGUUGGCAAGACAAACAGAUCUGCGACCAGGCUAGGUAUAUGCUGCUCCCAUGCUUUAUUCCUGCACAGACAUGCCUCUCUCUGUCUCCUCAGGGCAUCCAGGGAGAGUCCUCAGAUGCAGGAGAAGAAGAAAUCCACCAUCUGGCAGUUGUGAGUUGUUAUCAGCCUAAAGGUGUCAGCAUGUUUCAGUUCGGCUGGCGCCUAGUUCGGCUGGAACCGAACAAGUGUGCUCGCAUCCUCCCUUAAAAGAUCUUCACUUGAAAAAUGAGAAAAAAGCGGCAAUAGUACUGUUUGUCAAUUUUGACGUUUUUGCCGAGGAGAUCUUAGUCGUGCAAUUUGACAUCUAACUAAGAUGUUUGGUGCAGUAUUUCUCAAUGAAACAUUUGUGCAUGAAAACGAGUUGUCUCUCGUUAAAUGACAACAAAGACUUUAUAGAAGAAUCCCUACUGUUGACCAAUCACGACGAAGGGGCGAAGUCCAAAACGAUCAAAAACGUCACAAAAUGUCGUCAUAAUAUGUGCACGAACUCUUCCGAACUGUUUCGGCUGGGAAGCAUGCGGACGCCUUAAGACUGUGUACUGUAUGCUUUGUAAUGUACAGUUAAUGAAAUCGUUACUAAACUUUCUGACUGUAUCUCCCGCUCUCUUUUCUCUCCUUCCAGUUUCGCCCGUCUGUUCAGUUCCUCGGCCAGUCCUCCACCAGUCAAGCGUCCGUACUACAGCGUCAACAUCCACUACAAGUCCCCGUCCCCUGCAGGCUUCCCCCAGAGACGCAGCCACACCAUGUGUCAGAUCUCCACCUCAAACCGAACCCUGGAGUUCUUCCCAGAAGAGUGAGAGAAAAACACACACCAACCUUUUUUAUUUACAUUCUUCCCUCCCUGUCGCCGUCCAUACCUUCAUCCCUCUAUCCCUCCACCCCUCUCUCCCUCUGAUCGCCCUCCAUCUCUGUCCCUCCCUCCUUCCCAUCCCUCUAUCCCUCCAGCCCUCUCUCCCUCUGAUCGCCCUCCAUCUCUGUCCCUCCCUCCUUCCCAUCCCUCUAUCCCUCCACCCCUCUCUCCCUCUGAUCGCCCUCCAUCUCUGUCCCUCCCUCCUUCCCAUCCCUCUAUCCCUCCAGCCCUCUCUCCCUCUGAUCGCCCUCCAUCUCUGUCCCUCUCUCCUUCCCAUCCCUCUAUCCCUCCAGCCCUCUCUCCCUCUGAUCGCCCUCCAUCUCUGUCCCUCCUUCCUUCCCAUCCCUCUAUCCCUCCACCCCUCUCUCCCUCUGAUCGCCCUCCAUCUCUGUCCCUCCCUCCAUCCCUCCAGCCCUCUCUCCCUCUGAUCGCCCUCCAUCUCUGUCCCUCCCUCCCUCCCUCCCUCCCUCCCUCCCUCCCUCCCUCCCUCCCUCCCUCCCUCCCUCCCUCCCUCCCUCCCUCCCUCUUAUCUCUCCCUCCCUCCCUCCUCCUCCCUCCCUCCCUCCCUCCCUCCCUCCCUCUUAUCUCUCCAUCCCUCCAUCCCUUCCUCCCUCCAAUCCCUCCCUUGUCCACCCUCUAACAUUGUAGAGUUAGUUGUCUAUGCAUGUGUAGGGGAGAGUUUGGGGUUGCACUGUCGUAAGUGUAAUCCUACUGUAUGUGUAUGUGUGAUAUAAUAUUUCCCCAUAUUUUUGAGGGAUAUGAUAGGCAGAAAAACUUUCCCUCCCAUCAUAUUUUGAAUGAGUUAGUAGUGUUCUUGCUUGUGCCAUCAUGUUAAAGUGCAAAAGGAUGUAAGAAUGGUUGCUAGUUCAAAGUACUGCUUUGUGCAUUGUUCUUAGUGAUUAGUGCUGAGUGCAGAUCACAUAUUGUGAUUGCUUUUUAUUUUGCGCUCUACUCCUGUCUAUUGGUGUGUUCUUUUGUUUUCCAUUCAUUUUCUCAUGGCUGUUUAGCUGGCUGUAGCUUAACUGCUUAAAAACACACAAUGCUGCUGUAGCUUCUCUCUUUCUUUGCAGCAGCCUGCCGCGCUUGCUAACGCUUCGCUUCUCUCUCUCCGCCUCUCUCUCUCUCUCUCCGCCUUUCUUUCUUUCCCUCCUCCCUCUGUUCUAGACUGGCCAGUAAUGGUGUUGCGUCUCUCCUCAGCGACUCUGCGCUGUCGGCUCGUCGUGAGCAGCGCCGGGAACAGUACCGGCAGGUCCGAGAGCACAUGCGCCGCGAUGACGGCAUUAUGCAGGCCUGCGGCUGGAGCGUACCGCCACGCUUCAAACAGGUAUCGUCUCUCACCCACCUGUCCGUCUGUCCGGCCGGAGUGUUUAGCAAGCAUUCAGCGUCCAAAUAAAAUGCCAUCCAUGCCAUCCCAGCUCUGCAGGUUUUGCUGCGAAGAGACAGAAUCAUUAGAUCAUUUGUUUUGGUAAUGUCCAUAUGUAGCUUGUUUUUGGUUGCAGGUCCAGGAAUGGCUGAAGAAUUGCAACAUUUACCUGGAGCUAACUCUGCAAAUAGCACUGCUGGGUGAUUUGAAAAGUCAUAGUCAAUCGAUCAAUAAUUUAAUAAUACUUUUAGCAAAAAUGUUUCUUUAAUUUACAAUCUGUAGAAACUAUGAUCAAUCAAUCAAAUGUAUUUAUAAAGCCCUUUUUACAUCAGCAGAUGUCACAAAGUGCUGUACAGAAACCCAUCCUAAAACCUCAAACAGCAAGCAAUGCAGAUGUAGAAGAAAGGUUCAGAACUUCUGUGAAACAGCACAGUUGAAAAAUAUAUGGCAAAUAGAAAUAAAAAAUGGAUGGUGUUAAGAGAUAGAUGGGAGGGGUUGAGUGGAGCUGAAGGGUGGGACUAAAAACAACAAGAUAACUAUUGUAAAAUAUACUUUGUCCGUAAAAUGUAUAUACUGUAGGUUCAGAACUUUUGUGAAACAGCACAGUUAAAAAUAUAUGGCGAAUAGAAAUCAAACUGGAUGGUCUUCAGAGAUAGAUGGGAGGGGUUGAGGGUAGCUGAAGGAUGGGAUUAAAAACAAACAAAUAACUAUUGUAAAAUACAAAUUUAUAAAAACCCGGAAAUACCUUAUUUACAGAAGUAUUCAGACCCUUUGCUAUGAGACUCGAAAUUGAGCUCAGGAUUGUGUCGAGGCACAGAUCUACGGAAGGGUACCAAAAAAUGCAGCAAUGAAGGUCCCCAAGAACACAGUGGCCUACAUCAUUCUUAAAUGGAAGAAGUUUGGAUCCACCAAGACUCUUCCUAGAGCUGGCCGCCCGGCCGAACUGAGCAAUCGGGGGAGGAAGGGCUUGGUCAGGGAGGUGACCAAGAACACAAUGGUCACUCUGACAGAGCUCCAGAGUUCCUCUGUGGAGAUGGGAGAACCUUCCAGAAGGACAACCAUCUCUGCAGCACUCUACCAAUCAGGCCUUUAUAGUAGAGUGGCCAGACAGAAGCGACUCCUCAAUAAAAGGCACGUUAUAGCCUGCUUGGAUUUUGCCAAAAGGCACCUAAAGGACUCUCAGACCAUGAGAAACAAGAUUCUCUGGUCUGAUGAAACCAAGAUUAAACACUUUGGCCUGAAUGCCAAGCGUCACGUCUGGAGAAAACCAGGCACCGCUCAUCACCUGGCCAAUACCAUCCCUACGGUGAAGCAUGGUGGUGGCAGCAUCAUGCUGUGGGGAUGUUUUUCCGCGGCAGGGACUGGGAGACUAGUCAGGAUCGAGGGAAAGAUGAACAGAGAAAAGUACAGAGAGAUCCUUGAUGAAAACCUGCUCCAGAGCACUCAGGUCCUCAGACUUGGGCGAAGGUUCACCUUCCAACAGGACAACGACCCUAAGCACACAGCCAAGACAAUGCAGGAGUUGCUUCGAGAUAAGUCUCUGAAUGUUCUUGAGUGGCCCAGCCAGAGCCCGGACUUGAACCCGAUCGAACAUCUCUGGAGAGACCUGAAAAUAGCUGUGCAGCGAUGCUCCCCAUCCAACCUGACAGAGCUUGAGAGGAUCCGCAGAGAAGAAUGGGAGAAACUCCCCAAAUACAGGUGUGCCAAGCUUGUAGCGUCAUACUCAAGAAGAAUCGAGGCUGUAAUCGCUGCCAAAGGUGCUUCAACAAAGUACUGAGUAAAGGGUCUGAAUACUUAUGUAAAUGUCAUAUUUCCGUUUUUUAUUUAUACAUUUGGCAAAAAUUCUAAAAACCUGUUUUUGCUUUGUCAUUAUGGGGUAUUGUGUGUAGAUUAAUGAAAAAAAUAAAUAUUGAAUCAAUUUUAGAAUAAGGCUGUAACGUAACAAAAUGUGGAAAAAGUGAAGGGGUCUGAAUACUUUCCGAAUUCACUGUAAGCAGGAAGUAGAAGCCUAAGUGUUGUUGUCCAUUUGUUUACUCCAAUUUGGGGAGGGGUGGUAGGGUUAGGGUAAAAUAAUAAAGGAAAAAAUAUAUAUAUUUUUAAAAAAAUAUAUAUAUACAGUGGGGAGAACAAGUAUUUGAUACACUGCCGAUUUUGCAGGUUUUCCUACUUACAAAGCAUGUAGAGGUCUGUAAUUUUUUUAUCAUAGGUACACUUCAACUGUGAAAGACGGAAUCUAAAACAAAAAUCCAGAAAAUCACAUUGUAUGAUUUUUAAGUAAUUAAUUUGCAUUUUAUUGCAUGACAUAAGUAUUUGAUACAUCAGAAAAGCAGAACUUAAUAUUUGGUACAGAAACCUUUGUUUGCAAUUACAGAGAUCAUACGUUUCCUGUAGGUCUUGACCAGGUUUGCACACACUGCAGCCGGGAUUUUGGCCCACUCCUCCAUACAGACCUUCUCCAGAUCAUUCAAGUUUCGGGGCUGUCGCUGGGCAAUACAGACUUUCAGCUCCCUCCAAAGAUUUUCUAUUGGGUUCAGGUCUGGAGACUGGCUAGGCCACUCCAGGACCUUGAGAUGGUACUUACGGAGCCACUCCUUAGUUGCCCUGGCUAUGUGUUUCAGGUCGUUGUCAUGCUGGAAGACCCAGCCACGACCCAUCUUCAAUGCUCUUACUGAGGGAAGGAGGUUGUUGGCCAAGAUCUCGCGAUACAUGGCCCCAUCCAUCCUCCCCUCAAUACGGUGCAGUCGUCCUGUCCCCUUUGCAGAAAAGCAUCCCCAAAGAAUGAUGUUUCCACCACCAUGCUUCACGGUUGGGAUGGUGUUCUUGGGGUUGUACUCAUCCUUCUUCUUCCUCCAAACACGGCGAGUGGAGUUUAGACCAAAAAGCUCUAUUUUUGUCUCAUCAGACCACAUGACCUUCUCCCAUUCCUCCUCUGGAUCAUCCAGAUGGUCAUUGGCAAACUUCAGACGGGCCUGGACAUGCGCUGGCUUGAGCAGGGGGACCUUGCGUGCGCUGCAGGAUUUUAAUCCAUGACGGCGUAGUGUGUUACUAAUGGUUUUCUUUGAGACUUUGGUCCCAGCUCUAUUCAGGUCAUUGACCAGGUCCUGCCGUGUAGUUCUCGGCUGAUCCCUCACCUUCCUCAUGAUCAUUGAUGCCCCACGAGGUGAGAUCUUGCAUGGAGCCCCAGACCGAGGGUGAUUGACCGUCAUCUUGAACUUCUUCCAUUUUCUAAUAAUUGCACCUUCUCACCAAGCCGCUUGCCUAUUGUCCUGUAGCCCAUCCCAGCCUUGUGCAGGUCUACAAUUUUAUCCCUGAUGUCCUUACACAGCUCUCUGGUCUUGGCCAUUGUGGAGAGGUUGGAGUCUGUUUGAUUGAGUGUGUGGACAGGUGUCUUUUAUACAGGUAACGAGUUCAAACAGGUGCAGUUAAUACAGGUAAUGAGUGGAGAACAGGAGGGCUUCUUAAAGAAAAACCAACAGGUCUGUGAGAGCCGGAAUUAUUACUGGUUGGUAGGUGAUCAAAUACUUAUGUCAUGCAAUAAAAUGCAAAUUAAUUACUUAAAAAUCAUACAAUGUGAUUUUCUGAAUUUUUGUUUUAGAUUCCGUCUCUCACAAUUGAAGUGUACCUAUGAUAAAAAAUUACAGACCUCUACAUGCUUUGUAAGUAGGAAAACCUGCAAAAUCGGCAGUGUAUCAAAUACUUGUUCUCCCCACUGUAUAUAUGGGGGAUUGGAAAUGAUGCAGACAAUUACAUUGAUGGAAGCUACAAUCUAUCUGCAAUAUUAAAGCUGAUCUACCCCCUAAAUUAAAAAAUAUCUAUAUAAAUAAAAAUGCCAUCCAUGUAGCACUCACAAUACAGCAUAUAGGGUGGUCUCUCUUACUCUAUUUCUCCCAUAGACUGGUGCUCAGCUGGACAGUGCACUGGAAGGCCCGCUGAAGAAACAACAGGUAAGUUACACCCACAGAGUCCCUCCCUAACCUAGCAUGAGCCGCUCUUAGUUACCCCAAAGACCCGUCACAAGACACAUCAACAGACACCACAGUCUGACACAACACCUACUGUUAAAGUCACAGUCUCCUUUUCACCUUAUUUAUCAGUGGUCCAGGUAUCCUCAUGACAUGGCACAAGUGGGGGGGGGGCUUUCCUCUUUUGUUCUCUAUUUUUAUUUCACCUUUAUUUUUUAGCAGGAGUCCCAUUGAGAUGUAGGUCUCUCAUACAAGGGAGCCCUGCAUAUACACAAUUUAUAAAUACAACAUAAUACAAAUACAAAAUUACAAAACAUACUCAAGCGAAACAAUCACAUUCCUCAGCAUAGAGGUCCCCACAAUCAACUAUUUGAACUGCCCGAGAGGCACCAGUACAUCUAGUUGCAGGGAGCUCUGUAGAUUGUUCCAUAUAUGGGGUGCAAAGAAACCAAAUGCAGAUUUAACCAGCUAUGUGGAGACUGAAGGGAUCUCAAUAGUUAGCCAUCCCUGAGACAGGGUUUGGUCAUUCGUACAUCUAAAGUUUAUUAAUGACGUUAGGUACGGCGGAAGUUUAUUGUUCCCGCAAGCAAGAGGGAGGCCGGUGACAUCAGAGGGCACCAUCAUGCUUAUAGAAAAGGACAUUCAACAAGCACAGCACUUACACAAAUGAUUGGCUGAGAGAACUUGAUGAUAAAAAGAUUGUGGGGGCUGUUUUGUUAGACUUCAGUGCGGCUUUUGACAUUAUCGAUCAUAGUCUGCUGCUGGAAAAACAUAUGUGUUAUGGCUUUACACCCCCUGCUAUAAUGUGGAUAAAGAGUUACUUGUCUAACAGAACACAGAGGGUGUUCUUUAAUGGAAGCCUCUCAAACAUAAUCCAGGAAGAAUCAGGAAUUCCCCAGGGCAGCUGUCUAGGCCCCUUGCUUUUUUCCAUCUUUACAAACGACAUGCCACUGGCUUUGAGUAUGGCCAGUGUGUCUAUGUAUGCGGUUGACUCAACACUAUACACAUCAGCUACUACAGCAACUGAAAUAACUGCAACACUUAAGAAAGAGUUGCAAUUAGUUUUGGAAUGGGUGGCAAGGAAUAAGUUAGUCCUGAAUAUUUCCAUUGUAUUUGGGUCAAAUCAUUCACUAAACCCUAAACCUCAACUACAUCUCGUAAUGAAUAAUGUGGAAAUUGAGCGAGUUGAGGUGACUAAACUGCUAGGAGUAACCCUGGAUUGUAGCCUGUCAUGGUCAAAGCAUAUUGAUACAACAGUAGCUAAAAUGGGGAGAAGUAUGUCCAUAAUUAAGCGCUGCUCUGCCUUCUUAACAACACUAUCAACAAGGCAGGUCCUACAGGCCCUAGUUUUGUCGCACCUAGACUACUGUUCAGUAGUGUGGUCAGGUGCCACAAAGAGGGACUUGGGAAAAUUGCAGUUGGCUCAGAACAGGGCAGCACGGCUGGCCCUUUAAAAGUACACGGAGAGCUAACAUUGAUGACAUGCAUGUCAGUCUCUCCUGGCUCAGAGUGGAAGAGAGAUUGACUUCAUCACUGCUUGUUUUUGUGAGAGGUGUUGACGACGAGCUGAAUGUAGAGAGCUGUCUUUUGGAAUACUGGCACACAGCUCGGACACCCAUGCAUACCCCACAAGACAUGCCACCAGAGGUCUCUUCACAGUCCCCAAGUCCAGAACAGACUAUGGGAGGCGCACAGUACUACAUAGAGCCAUGACUACAUGGAACUCUAUUCCAUAUCAGGUAACUGAUGCAAGCAGUAGAAUCAGAUUUUAAAAAAAAACAGGUAAAAAUACACCUUGUGGAACAGCGGGGACUGUGAAGAGACACACACACAGGCACAUACACACAUACUCACUCUACACACACGUACACAUGGAUGUUGUAUUGUAAAUAUGUUAUAGUGGAGUAGUGGCCUGAGGGAACACACUAAAUGUAUUGGGUUAAGUGUUAUGAAAUAUAAUGUCAUGUAAUAUUUUAAAUUGUAUAUAACUGCUUUAAUGUUGCAGGACCCAAGGAAGAGUAGCUGCUGCCUUGGCAGGGAUCCUUAAUAAAUACAAAUACAAAUACAAAUCAGACCAACUUCUUAAAUGGCCCACUACAUGAAGUUUGCCCUUUUUUUUGCUCAAAACAUAUUUUUGUUACCUUAAGUGUGUGGUCUAAGGCACUGCAUCGCAGUACUAGCUGUGCCACUAGAGAUCCUGGUUCGAAUCCAGGCUCUGUCGUAGCCGGCCGCGACUGGGAGACCCAUGGGGCGGCGUACAAUUGGCCCAGCGUCGUCCAGGGUAGGGGAGGGAAUGGCCGGCAGGGAUGUAGCUCAGUUGGUAGAGCAUGGCGUUUGCAACGCCAGGGUUGUGGGUUCGAUUCCCACGGGGGGUAUGCACUCACUAACUGUAAGUCGCUCUGGAUAAGAGCGUCUGCUAAAUGACUAAAAUGUAAAAAUGUAUAUUACUGUAUUAAGACUAGGGAUAUUGUUUUUCAGCAGGAAAAGUAAAAGAAUAGCUGGAGUACGUCUUUCAGCCCCUUAAGCCUUGUCCCAAGACACACAUCAACAGACACCACACAGUCUGAUACAGCUAACUGACGCAAUGACCCUGUCCCUCAUGCAUGUGAACAGACGCCACUCAACCUACUGAUAGAAUAUCUACCUAAAACCCAAAAGCUCUGUCCCCACAAUACACAUGACACUUACCUCUAACCCAACACACAUCAACAGAUGCCACACAGUCUGACACAACACCUCCCUCUAACCCCAAAACCCUGUCCCCAAGGAGACACACAUCAACAGACACCACACAAUCUGACAUAAGUUAUUGACACAAUGCCCCUGUCCCUCAGUCAUGUUAACAGACACCCCACAACUUGCUGACACUGUCCCUCUGCUAAAUCAACCUACCUCCAACCUCAAACCUCUUCCCCAAGAGACAUCAGAAAUGUCAAAAGUGUGGUUAUACGGCUAUAUGAAUACAGCAAUGUGGGUUUGAUUGAAUUGAGUGGUAGUGGGACUUCAAUUGGAGGUCUUGGAGCAGUUUUGUGAUUGGAGGCUUUGUCUGUCUGUCUUCUCCCAGGCCAAUGAGAAGGAGGACAUCCGCAUGAAGAAUGUCCCUGUUCCUGUCUACUGUCGCCCCCUAGUGGAGAAGGACCCCAACAGGAAGGUAAACAAACAAACAAAGAUGUACUUGGUUAAAGCCACAAUCUGCAAUAUUUACCGCUGUUCAAUCAAUCGUCAUGUUAAUUCAUUAUAUAUAUAUAUAUAUAUAUAUAUAUACCCAUUGAUUCUUGAAGAGUAUUACUUAUAAAUGCUUCAAAUGCUUAUAAAUCAUAACCAAAAAGUUGUUUUACUCCAAUGUUAACGAUGUGUGUAAACAAACUCUGUGUAGUUGUGGUGUGCGGCGGGCGUGGACCUGACGGGAUGGAAGACGUGCACUCAGGAAGUGAUGAUAGUAAAGGCUGCCCCCGGCAACGGGGUUAAGAAUCCUCUAGCCAUAGAGGAGGGAGAGGGAGGAGACGGCAAGAGCAGCCACAGCUCACCAGAGAAGAGACAGGUACUGUCUGGAUUUCUAUCUCUUGAUCUAUAUGGUUUGUUAGUUAAUUUAGCUAUUUGUUUUAGUUUGAAAAUAUACUUAUUGCCACUUCUUCCGUUUCUCUCCCCCACCUCUCCCUCCUUUCUCUGUCCCUCCCCCUUUCCUUCCCCCAGUCUAAGGAGCUCCAUGAAACAGACACUAUGAGCAGCAGAGUCUGGAUCCUGACCAGUACCCACUCGGCCAGCAAGGUGUUAAAUAAUACUUUUUUGAAUCUAAUAAUUUCAUUGUAAGUUGUAUUUCAGCUUGUUGCUGCCGUUUGUACAAUUUGAAAAAUAAUGAAAAAACAUUAUUAUCAUUAUCAUCAUCAAGGUGGUCAUCAUUGAUGCCAACCAGCCCGGCUCGUUGGUCGACCAGUUCUACGUCUGCAAUGCCCACGUGCUCUGCAUCUCCAGCGUGCCAGGUUAGCGGUCAAACCAUAACACGACCACAUAAAGUAGCAUUCCCCACCUGGAUCAAAUCUACCGCAACAUGACCAUAGUAUUCAACUACCAUAACACAGUUACUGACCACCCAGACCCCACGUUCUCUGCAUCUCCAGCGUGCCAGGUCUACCGCAACUUGACAAUUUAGCACCCUACUACCAUAAUAACACAACCAGAUCUACUACCACAACAUGACCACAUACAGUAGCACUCACCAUCUGGACCAAAUCUACUGCAAUUUGACCACUUAGUAAUCUACUGCUAUAAUAACAUGACUAACGACCACCUAUCCUACACCCUAUCUAUUAAUGCAACACGACCAUAUAGCACUCUCCACCUGAACCAAAUCUACUACCAUAACAUGAUCAUAGUAUUCAGAUCAAAUCAACAUAAUAUUCGGAAUGUAUUCAGAGCACUUGACUUUUCCACAUUUUGUUACAUUACAGCCUUAUUCUAAAAUUGAUUAAAUAGUUUUUGUCCCUCAUCAAUCUACACACAUUACUCCAUAAUGACAAAGCAAAAACAGGUUUUUAGACAUUAGACAUUUUUACACACGUUUUCAGACCCUUUACUCAGUACUUUGUUGAAGCACCUUUGGCAGCAAUUACAGCCUCGAGUCUUCGUGGGUAUGACGCUACAAGCUUGGCACACCUGUAUUUGGGGAGUUUCUCCCAUUCUUCUCUGCAGGUCCUCUCAAGCUCUGUCAGGUUGGAUGGGUAGCGUCGCUGCACAGCUUUUUUCAGGUCUCUCCAGAGAUGUUUGAUCGGGUUCAAGUCCGGGCUCUGGCUGGGCCACCCAAGGACAUUCAGAAACUUGUCCUGAAGCCACUCCUGCGUUGUUUUGGCUGUGUGCUUAGGGUCGUUGUCCUGUUGGAAGGUGAACCUUCGUUCCAGUCUGAGGUCCUGGGCGCUCUGGAGCAGGUUUUCAUCAAGGAUCUCUCUGUACUUUGCUCCGUUCAUCUUUCCCUCGAGCCUAACUAGUCCCAGUCCCUGCCGCUAAAAAACAUUCACACCGCAUGAUGCUGCCACCACCAUGCAUCACCGUAGGGAUGGUGCCAGGUUUCCUCCACACAUUCAGGCCAAAGAGUUCAAUCUUGGUUUCAUCAGACCAGAUAAUCUUGUUUCUCAUGGUCUGAGAGUUAUUUCUCCACAGAGGAACUCUGAAGCUCUGUCAUAGUGACCAUCAGGUUCUUGGUCACCUCCCUGACCAAGGCCCUUCUCCCCCGAUUGCUCAGUUUGGCCGGGCGGCCAGCUCUAGGAAAAGUCUUGGUGGUUCCAAACUUCUUCCAUUUAAGAAUGAUGGAGGCCACUGUGUUCGUGGGAACCUUCAAUGCUGCAGAAAUGUUUUGGUACCCUUCCCCAGAUCUGUGCCUCGACACAAUCCUGUCUCUGAACUCUAAGGACAAUUCCUUCGACCUCAUGGCUUGUUUUUUGCUCUGACAUGCACUGUCAACUGUGGGACCUUACAUAGACAGGUGUGUGCCUUUCCAAAUCAUGUCCAAUCAAUUGAAUUUACAACAGGUGGACUCCAAUCAAGUUGUAGAAACAUCUCAAGGAUGAUCAAUGGAAACAGGAUGCACCUGAGCUCAAUUUCGAGUCUCAUAGCAAAGGGUCUGAAUACUUAUGUAAAUAAGGUAUUUCUGUUUUCGCUUUGUCAUUAUGUGGUAUUGUGUGAAUAAGGCUCUAGCGUAACAAAAUAUGGAAAAACGGAAAGGGUCUGAAUACUUUCCGAAUGCACUGUAAUUCCACAUCUACUGAACUAGAAUCACCUCUAACGUUUGUGUUUUUCUGUGUUUGCAUAUGUGCGUGUCUAUGUGUGCGUUUCUGUGUGUCUGUCUGCAGCGGCCAGUGAGAGUGACUACCCGGCGGGUGAGAUCGUGCUGGACUCUGGGGAGGGUGGUGGUGGUGAGGAGACAGGCGGGGUGGAGGGCAUGCUAGCAGGCAUCACCCUGGUGGGCUGUGCCACCAACUGUAGCGUGGUCCGCAGCAACUGCUCCUCGCGCACCGACACACCCAUACUGGACCGGGGACAAGGUGAGAAACUCAGAUAUUUAUCUACAGUGCCUUCAGAAAGUAUUCAUAUCCCUUGACUUAUUCCACAUUUUGUUGUGUUACAGCCUGAAUUCAAAAAGGAUUAAAUAGAUUUUUGUUCUCACCCAUCUACACACAAUAACCCAUAAUGACAAAGUGAAAACAUGUUUUUAGAAAUGUUAGCAAAUUAAUUGAAAAUGAAAUACAGAAAUAUCUCAUUUACAUAAGUAUUCACACCCAUGGGUCAAUACUUUGUAGAAGAUCCUUUAUCAGCGAUAUCUGUUUGGGUUUUUUGCGGUCAAUUUGCAGUCUACAAAUUAUUCAUAAUUAUGUUCCGGCCCCCUGACCAUCCACUCAAGAAAAAAUCGGCCCACGGCUGAAUCUAGUUGAUGAUCCCUGCUGUACAGGCUUACUUAUUUUUCCUCUGUCAAUUAGGUUAGUAUUCUGGAGUAACGACAAUGUGGUUGAUCCAUCCUCAGUUUUCUCCUAUCAUUGCCAUUAAACUCUAACUGUUUUAAAGUGACAUUUACAUAAUUUAGUAGACGCUCUUAUCCAGAGCGACUUACAUUGGCUUCAUGGUGAAAUCCCUGAGCGGUUUCCUUCCUCUCCGGCAACUGAGUUAGGAAGGACGCCUUUGUAGUGACUGGGUGUAUUUUAAUUAAUAACUUCACCAUGUUCAAAGGGAUAUUCAAUGUCUGCUUUUUAUUUAAUUUUUUUAAAUCUACCAAUAGGUGCUUUGGAAAACCUCCCUGGUCUUUGUUUGAGAUUCAAUGCUCGACUGAGGGACCUCACAGAUUGUAAUUGUAUGUGUGGGGAGAUGAGGUAGUCAUAAAAAAAUCAUGUUAUACACUAUUAUUGCACACAGAGUGAGUCCAUGCAACUUAUUGUGUGACUUGUUAAGCAAGUUACUCAUGAACAUAUUUAGGCUUGCCUUAACAAAGGGGUGUGAAUACUUUCUGAAGACACUGUACAUUACACUGUGUAUGUAUCAUCAAGCUUGCAAUGAAAAAAUAUAGGCUUUAAUUGUGGCACUUUCAAAGUUGACACCAAGUGCUGAAAUGUCUCUCCCUGUGACCCUGUCCCCCCCCCCAGCCCCUGUCAGUGGGAAGCUGCACCCAGCCCAGUCAGUUGAAGAGUUAUAAGUAUAGUUAAUAGGCCUUCACAUGUUUUUAAAAUUCCAAUAUGAUAUCGAUAGUAAAUAAAACAAAUUUCAACUGAUAUCGAUAGGGACUUUCCAUAUUAGUGCCCAUCUCUAGUUAAUAGGUAUAGUUGGUAUAGUUAUAGUAGUAUAUAGGGUAUAAUGUCUCUCCCUGUGUCCCUGUCGCCUCAGCCCCCAUGGCUCCACCACUCAGUGGGAAGCUGCACCCAGCCCAGUCAGCAGAGGAGGCCACAGAGGCUACAGAGGUGGCUGAGCCGGCCGCCAACGAGACAGACGACACCUUGGGACCUCCAGGGCCCUUCAUGGAGCACGUCUUCACAGACCCCCAGCCUCCAGUGGUUGAUGCUGGCCAAUACGACCGGUAAGACACACGAUUUGACCAGAUUUUAAUUGCUAGUAGUUGUAAAGAGAGGGAAUAUUGCCAGUACAUUUUUGAAAGGUUGUCAUUGAAACUUUGAAAGAAGGUGUAUUUACAUGCACUAAAGUUUGAUUUGAUUUAGAUUUAGUCUAACCUCUACUAUUUAAAUCGUUUAGUCAUCUCUCAAAAUUUCUGACGACAUGCUACAGUAGUUGGAUUUGCCACCGUGUGGACUGUGGUAGUCUCUAGUGGACUUCAAGACAAGUCUCUGUUUGUGUCCCCUGUCAGGUGUGCAGGCCAGUCGAAAGAGGAGUCUAACUCCCCACCCCAGGAGACGGAGGAUGGAAGCGACGACCCCAAAGCUGGCACCAGCGUCGCCCCCACCAUGUGGCUGGGAGCACAAAAUGGCUGGUGGGUAACUAAACACUAAAUACCUAGCUAGCGGCGGGAAUGUAAUACGGGACAUCAUAGUGAUGUUGUUUUCUGGUUGUUUUCUGGUUUUCUAAAAAGGUGAAAAAAAAUCAUUUUACAACUCUUGACCACGAUGUCACAAAAAACAUCAUAAUGAUUUUUUCGCCAAACAGUUUUGCCUGCAUAUGUCUCCCAACCCAUAACCCAUAACCCUAACCCAUAAAACCCUGUCUCUAUCUAUGUCCUACCUAACCGUAACAUCCUUUCUCUAGGCUUUACGUCCAUUCGGCCGUGGCCAACUGGAAGAAGUGUCUCCACUCCAUCAAACUGAAGGACUCUGUGCUCAGUCUAGUGUAAGUCCCCCACUACUGACCACUGUCUGCUUUUAGAAUGGCCAUUUUUACCAGUCCUUGAUUGAUGUUGUAGUAAAUGGGUGCAUGUUGCUUUGUAUAACGUUGGCUUGAUUGUCUCUGUUUCAGGCAUGUGAAGGGUCGUGUGCUGGUGGCUCUGGCAGACGGGACACUGGCUAUCUUCCACAGAUCUGAGGGUAACGUAAACUUAACCCUAACCUACCUAGUUCUUCUGAGCUCUCACUUAUGAGCCUUAACCAUUAACUGUUUGUUGUGCUCAAAAAAUGACAUUCCAUGAGAGCAACAUAGCAAAUUUACUUUUUCUAAUCAUGAUUUAAAGCUUUACAUCAUUUGUUUAUGUGUGUGUGGUGUAUCUCUGUAUCUCCAGGUGGGCAGUGGGACCUGUCUAACUACCACCUGAUGGACCUGGGUAGACCGCACCACUCUAUCCGCUGCAUGGCCAUGGUCCAUGACAAGGUGUGGUGUGGCUACAAGAACAAGAUCCACGUCAUCCAGCCCAAGAGCAUGCAGAUAGAGGUGGGUCACAGGAGGGGAGGGACUGUUUGUAUAGUAGAGGAAGUUGCAAAGUAACCUUUUCUGAGACCUGGAGACUCACGUUAGCUCCCAGACACAAUGUCAAGACAUUAGCACAGUGGGCUAACACAGUCUUGAGUCUAUCUGCAGUUAUGUAGCUCAGUUGGUAGAGCAUGGCGCUUGCAACGCCAGGGUUGUGGGUUCGUUUCCCGCGGGGGGCCAGUAUGAAAAUGUAUGCACUCACUAACUGUAAGUCACUCUGGAUAAGAGCGUCUGCUAAAUGACUCAAAUGUAAAACAAUGUUGGGGAGAGGUCAUGUAAUGUCGCUCCACAUUGAUAAUAUUCUGAAAUAAAUCAAUGUAAAUCAAUCAACCAAUCCUACCUUCUCCACCCUUCACCCCCCUACCCACUCUCCCCCGUCAGAAGUCCUUUGACGCCCACCCUCGCAGGGAGAGCCAGGUGAGGCAGCUGGCGUGGAUCGGGGAUGGGGUGUGGGUGUCAAUCCGUCUGGACUCCACGCUGCGUCUCUACCAUGCCCUCACACACCAGCACCUACAGGAUGUCGACAUCGAACCCUACGUCAGCAAGAUGCUGGGUAGGAAGAACCUAAGCUAAACAGCAGGAAUGGAGUCAAUUUCCAUUUUAAUUCAGUCAAUUCAGAAAGUAAACAAAAAUUCCAAUUCCAGUUUUCCUCUAAGAGAAAGAGGUGGAAUUGGAAUUACAGUUUACUUCCUGAAUUGACUGAAUUGAAAUGGAAUUGACCCCAACCAUGCUAUCCAGCUCUGGCUAGGCUGGUGGUCCAAGAUCUGUUUGUGUUGUAUAGCCAAUUUCUAUGUUUGUUGUCAUAUCAAGACAAUGACUAUAGGAGUUUCCAAGACAGCCCAAACAGAUCAGAUCUGGGACCAGCAGGCUAAGCUUCGGCCAACUCAUUGAUAGGACACCAUAUUAUUUGACCCCACUUUAGUCUAUUGAGAUGCAUCCAAUGUAUGUGUUCUCUCUCUCGCUCUGAUUGACAGGUACUGGCAAGCUGGGCUUCUCCUUUGUGCGAAUAACAGCCCUUCUGAUUGGUGGAAACCGCCUGUGGGUGGGGACUGGGAAUGGUGUGGUCAUCUCCAUACCACUGACAGAGAGUGAGUUUGAGUGGCGCGCACACGCGCUUUAACCCUACCUCUUUGAUUCCACUAUUCUGUGUUUUUGUCUGCUUCUGUAUUUUAGUUUCCCUUUCUAUACUGAACAAAAAUAUAAAUGCAACAAUUUCAAAGGUUUUACUGAGUUACAGUUCAUAUAAGGAAAUCAGUCAAUUGAAAUAAAUUAAUUAGGCCCUAAUCUAUGGAUUUCACAUGACUGGGAAUACAGAUAUGCAUCUGUUGGUCACAGAUACCUUAAAAAUCAAAGUAGGGGCAUGGGUCAGAAUCUGGUGUGACCACUAUUUGCCUCAUACAGCGCGAGACAUCUCCUUCUCAUAGAGUUGAUCAGACUGUUGAUUUGUGGCCUGUGGAAUAUUGUCCCACUCCUCUUCAAUGGCUGUGCGAAGUUGCUGGAUAUUGACGGGAACUGGAACACGCUGUCGUACACGUCGAUUCAGAGCAUCCCAAACAUACUAAAUGUGUCACGUCUGGUGAGCAUGCAGGCCAUGGAAGAACUGGGGCAUUUUCAGCUUCCAGGAAUUGUCUACAGAUCCUUGCAACAUGGGGCCGUGCGUUAUCAUGCUGAAACAUGAGGUGAUGUCGGCGGAUGAAUGGCACGACAAUGGGCCUCAGGAUCUCGUCACGGUAUAUCUGUGCAUUUAAAUUUCCAGCGAUAAAAUGCAAUUGUGUUUGUUGUCCGUAGCUUAUACCUGCCUAUAUCAUAACCCCACCGCCACCACGGGGCACUCUGUUCACAAUGUUGACAUCAGCAAACCGCUCGCCCAAAUUCUCUAAAACGACGUUGGUGGCUUAUGGUAGAGAAAUGAACAUUAAAUGGUGGACAUUCCUGCAGUCAGCAUGCCAAUUGCAUGCUCCCUCAAAACUUGAGACAUCUGUGGCAUUGUGUUGUGGGACAAAACUGUUCAUUUUAGAGUGGGUUUGUAUUGUCCCCAGCACAAGGUGCACCUGUGUAGUGAUCAUGCUGUUUAAUUAGCUUCUUGAUAUGACACACCUGUCAGGUGGAUGGAUUAUCUUGGCAAAGGAGAAAUGCUCACUAACAGGGAUGUAGACAAAUUUGUGCACAAAAUUUGAGAGAAAUAAGCUUUUUGUGCGUAUGGAACAUUUCUAGGAUCUUUUAUUUCACCUCAUGAAACAUGGGACCAACACUUUACAUGUUACGUUUAUAUUUUUGUUCAGUGUAUAUUGGUCUGGCUAUUUUUCUGUCUUCUCUUAUUCCUUGAUGGCUUCUCUUGUUUUUCUAUCUAUUUUAUGGCUGGUAUCCCUUUAGUUGUCCUCCCUGUCCUGAUUGUCACUCUUGUCAACUCUCUCCUCUCCUCCCUCCCUCUCUCCUCACUCUCUCCACUCCUCCUUCUCGCCUCUCCUCCCUCCUUCCCUCCCUUAGCGGUAGUCCUUCAUCGGGGACAGCUCCUAGGUCUGAGGGGUAAGUUAGGACUCCCUCUGUCCCAAAGGGAUGAUGUCACAUACAUCUUCUUACCUCCAUCUCGCCUUUAUCGCUCUCCAACGUAGGCCUGGUUCAGUUUCAAUCCACCCUUAUUCCCCUAAUGUUCACAUAUCUGAUAGACUGGAUAGGUGUGAGUAAUAUAGUGAUUGGACAGGAGUAAGUUAUAGGAUAUGGCACUUGUGGAGAUCUGAGAGGAUUAGAUAGCCCUCCAACAGGACAAGCACAUGUUCUUUCAUAAGGCUGCCUGCCACCUAUCCAGUCAUUUCAGAUCUGUCGACCACAAAGGGGACGAGGUUCUAGGGGCCGAAAUGCAACAGGGACAGAAACAGUGGUCCUGUGGUCUAGAUCUGAUUCAGGGAAAUCACUUUUGUUCACGUGUAACUCUGCAUGCUAUCUUCAGGUGUUGUAAAGUACUGUAUAUAAUGCAUUGGCACACAUAUAUGUCGAGUAUGGUGUUAAUGUAUGUAUAUGUGUGAGUCAUAUUUGUAUGCUAUUUGUGUGAUGAAUGUGGAUCAUUUCAGCGACUUAGUCAAUAUAUUAGGUAAUGGGGUUUUGGGGAUGCCUUGUCCCGUCAUUAUUGCAUGUUGAUGGCAUGUUUUAGUAUUGCUACUAUUUCAGUAUUCAGAUUUCUUAUUUUUCACCAUCUGCAAAUUCAUAAGUGGAUGACCACAGGCUUAUUCAGUGGGUUGCCACGUACAGAGAAUUGCAGGUAGAAAUGUUACAGCCGACAGUUUCCUAUUCUGCAUGACAGAGGGAUGUCUGUUCUAUAUUACACAUUUCUAUUUUAAAUGUUCUGUAACGAUGUAGCCUGCCCAUUUGAUGGGUCUUAUUGGCAAGCCUGCUCUGUGUGUGCUAUUGUGAUUGGAUGGUCUCAUGCAUCAAUGUCCUUGUCCUAUUCGCUGGUCUGUCAAAUGUCAGCUGUUCUUAUUGGCUAUUGAUUUUACUCUCAUCCCAAUAGCCAAUAAGGUGUCUCCAACGUCGUCCGGCGGCGUGGCUGGGGGUGUGAUUCAUGUGUAUGCGGACGACAACCCAGAGAAAAGCAGCGGCAGCUUCAUCCCAUACUGCUCCAUGGCCCAGGCUCAGCUCUGUUUCCAUGGACACAGAGAUGCCGUCAAGUUCUUUGUCUCUGUGCCAGGUCAGUUAGUAAUCAUAAUUUGAUUUGAUUUGAUAAAGUCAAUAAAAGUAAAUAGAGUUUAUUAUCCCCUUAAACGCAUUAAAUCAAAUGUGUAGUUAUUGACUAACUAAACAAGUAUACCUACUGUCAAUACUCUCAACUUGAUGUAUUUGAGGACUGUGAGGAUGGACCAGGUUGUCAACUGGGCACUAAAAUGCAAAAGUGGUUCACAGUGUUUAAUUUGUGGGUAUCUAUUGGUAAGGUCCUUUAGUACUAUGUGACAACUGCUGAUGUAAAAAGGGUAUUAUAAAUACAAUUGAGUGACUGAUCUGUUUCUCAUUACCUGUUUAAAAUAUAUAUAUAUAUACAUAUAUAAUAUUUUGUUUUUCUGUUUUUCUGUCAGGCAACGUGUUGGCCACCCUAAAUGGUAGUGUGCUGGACAGCCCGUCAGAGGGUCAGGGGUCCUCGGCACAGCCGGAGGCUGAGGCUCAGAGUGUACACAACGUCCUGGUGCUGAGUGGAGGGGAGGGCUACAUCGACUUCCGCAUCGGUGAGGAAAAUCACUCACUCACGCAUGCACGCACACACUGCCAUAUACACGCAAGUCCAUGUGGUGCUCUUUUUGAAUUCCAAAUCGAAUUCUACUUGUCUCCAGAUUCUCUACCCUUGUUCAUUUCACUUUAUGGAUUUAAAAUACCAAUCCAAUGCUUUUAUAUGUGUGGAUGUGCAGAAACACUUCAGUACAAAGGUGACAGACACAGUUCAUGUUCAUGCUAACUGACUCUCUCACUUCAUCUAUGUGUCAGGUGAUGGCGAGGACGACGAGACAGAGGAAGGGGAGGUGCCGGGGGGCGCCCCGCAGAUGAAGCCUGCCGUGUGCAAAGCCGAGCGGAGCCAUAUCAUCGUGUGGCAGGUGUCCUACGUCCCCGAGUGACACUCCCACCCUCAAGGGUCACCUUGCGUCCCCCUGUCCCCCCUUCUUGCGCCCAGAUUAUCACCCCCUUCCCCCAUCCUAAAACUAACCCACCCUACCCACCCCGCUCCUCCCUGCCCCUGUAUCUACCCCUGGUCAUGAUGUAACUAUCCCUAGGCUUGGGAACGACCCCUCAGCCCCUGUACGUACUAUUACACCCCUUUUAACUAUCGAUAUCCCCCCAAAGACCUUGUAACUACCUAUUGCCUUGUAAUUAUCACUCCCCCAGUCCAGUAACUUUCCAAAUACCUUGAUUAUGACUACCCCCUUCCCCUCCCUCCCUCGCCCUGUUUCUUGCCGCUUCUACCAAUGUAAUUAUCUCCCCCCCACCAUGAGCCUUUUAACUACCCCGGCCUCCUAACUAUCUCCGCUAUCCUGUACCUACUCCCUAAGGCCUGGAGUACGUCUUAAAUGGCACCCUAGUCCCUAUAUGGUGCAUUACUUUUAAUCAGGGCCCAUAUGGCGCUGGACAAAAGUAAUGCACUAUAUAGGGAAUAGGGUGCCAUUUCAGACGUACCUGUAUUUAUUUCCCCUGGAAGUACAUCUGUAUCUCUCCUGUAUUGACCUUUGACUUGUAAUGGCCUGCAUCUGCCCCCAAGCUACCCCCUGAUACCUACAAUCACCCCUAACCCCUCCCUUUCUCGCCUUGCCCACCUGCAUCUUACCAACAACACAAGUACAGGAACAUUAAAGAAUACUGCGUAAUAUAACGCCUCUCCAGAAAUUACCCAAGAUUUGCAGCAACCAGUAAUCCCCAAACUAUUUAUGGUAUGACUUACUGACCCUCUCCUCCAAUCAGCUUUCAGCUCACUGAACCACGCUGGAAACAGAGACAGCUGAUUGGUCAAGAGGGAUUCAGAGCUGGGCAGCUAUUGGUCGGAGUGAGUGACACGGUAACUAGCAGCUCAUUGGUGAGUUGAAUGUAGAGAGCGAGAGACUGACAGUUGAUUGAUUGGUUGGUUCAGGGUGAUUUUACCUCAGCCAGCUGUUAGUUAGAAGGUGAGGAGACGUUGUUGAAUGUACUGGGAAAAAACAAGAUCAGUCUUGAAUGCAUUGGCCUGUAAAUACAGUGAAGUUUGAUCAGGAGGUGUGCAGACUCAGGGUGCAUCCCAAAUGGCACCCAAUGCCCUUUAUAAUGCACUACUUUUGACCAGAGCCCUAUGGUUCCUUGUAAUAGUAGUGUACUAUAUAGGGAAUAGGAUGCCGUUUGGGAGACAAAUGUAGUUAAAAUCAUGGGGGAUGACUGAGCCAGUAAAUCAGGUGUAGUGGAGUGAAGAGAAACUCUUGUUUUGGCAUCAGAGGAUGAACUGGGAUUUUAAUUGUUCCACGUUAGAAGCAAGUUUCCAGACAGCCUUAUGGACAUAGAUUGGCCGUGUUUGAAUAUGUGAUGUGGGUCAAUUGUGACUGACGGAUUGAUCUACAAAUAAUAAUGAGGAGUUAUUUAUGAUGUAAGGUGAUUUGUAGAUCAGUCAGUCGGUUGCACUGUCGAUCAAACCCAAACUCUCCUGUAGAGAAAAUGGACAGGUAAAGAGGCUGAGUUCUAUUUCGGCCUUUGUAAAAACCUAUCUAGUCCUCUCAGGUCUGUGAACACCAAAGGGGUAAGGGACGAGGCUAGGGACCGAAAUGUAACCGUGCCAAAUAGUGGAAGGAGAGAGAGAGCCAGGCAUAUCUUCGAGCUGUGAGCUGAUUGGUUCAUAACUGAUUCAUCAACCGCCCACUCUACUCUGAUUCGCUGUUCCCAGACUGACAUUUGGCCAGUGAGGUUUGUGCAUGGUCACCUGUUUUGAGUGACAGCUGUCAUUGAGGAUUCUGUAACUCUCCAGACAUGCACAAGGCCCCUCCCCCUCUUGUUCAGUGUGUAACUCAUAUGUUGAUCUCUUUAUCUGUGUGGAUUAAAUAUUAAACCUAUUUGUGCGCUGAAAACCAGAGGCUAUGUUGUCUGUCGUUCUCUUCUCUGUUGGUUGACUUAUUUUAAAACCUUUUUUUAGUGAUCUUUUUUUAUUUGACUUUUUGAAUUAGGACCAGGAUUCAAUCUGAUUGCAAGGCCAACCUAUGCAGCAUAUAAAGGUAAUUUCCGAUUGGCGUUUGCCGUGAAUGCGGUCACCGCGAACGCGGGAACAUUACCUUUAGAAGGUGCAUAGCCGACAAAACACGAUCGGAUUAAGGACUCGAUUUAAUCUGUAUCACAGAUUGUGUGAUUGAAAUUUUAAAGUAAUUUCCGAUUGCGCCGACAUACAGUAUGCAGCGUUUACUGUGAAUGCGGUCUCCGCUAACGCGGGAACAUUGCCUUUAAAUUUCAAUUACGCUGUAGCGCCGAACUUCCGCGAUACAGAUUGAAUUGAAGGUGUACAAAUAAUGUAUGAAAUGGCAUCCUGUGAGACCAAACCCACUUUAAGGACAGUGGUUCAGAUUCGGAAGAGUGAAGCUCAAGUCCAUUUGGAACAUACCCUGUCAACUUUAGGCACCUCUAACAAAUCAAAUCAAAUCCAAUUUUAUUUGUCACAUUCGCCAAAUACAACAGGUGUAGACCUUACCGUGAAAUGCUUACUUACAAGCCCUUAACCAACAAUACAGUUCAAGAAUGAGUUCAGAAAAUAUUUACUAACAAUUGUUGGAAAAAUUACUUGUGUCAUGCACAAAGUAGAUAUCCUAACCGACUUGCUAAAACUAUAGUUUGUUAACAAGAAAUUUGUGGAGUGGUUGAAAAACGAGUUUUAAUGACUCCAACCUAAGUGUAUGGAAACUUCCGACUUCAGCUGUAUAUCGGCUUCAGAAUAUUAGGGAUGAAUGAAUGAAAGCCAUCUAAAUAUAUGCAUAUUCGUCUCCGUUUCAGCACCAAUUGGUAGAUUUAAAAAUACUCUGAUCUUGUACACUGAACAAAAAUAUGAACGCAACAUGCAACAGUUUUCAAAGAUUUUACUGAGUUACAGUUCAUAUAAGGAAAUCAGUCAAUUGAAAUAAAUGAAUUAGGCCCUAAUCUAUGAAUUUCACAUGACUGGUCACAGAUACCUUUAAAAAAAAAGUAGGGGCGUGGAUCAGAAAACCAGUCAGUAUCUGGUGUGACCACAUCUCAAGCAGCGUGACACAUCUCCUUCGCAUAGAGUUGAUCAGGCUGUUGAAUGUGGGCCUGUGGAAUGUUGUCCCACCCCUCUUGAAUGGCUGUGCAAAGUUGCUGGAUAUUAGUGGGAACUGGAAUACGCUGUCGUACACGUUGAUCCAGAGCAUCCCAAACAUGCUCAAUGGGUGACAUGUCUGGUGAGUAUGCAGGCCAUGGAAGAACAUUUUCCGUUUCCAGGAAUUAUGUACAGAUCGUUGUGACGUUGGGCCGUGCAUUAUCAUGCUGAAACAUGAGGUGAUGGCGGCGGAUGAAUGGCACGACAAUGGGCCUCAGGAUCUUGUCACGUAUCUCUGUGCAUUCAAAUUGCCAUCGAUAAAAUGCAAUUGUGUUCGUUGUCUGUAGCUUAUGCCUGCCCAUACCAUAACCCCCGUCGCCACCAUGGGCACUCUGUUCACAUCAGCAAAACGCUCAUCCACACGACACCAUACACGUGUGGUAUCUUCCCAGCACAGUUGAAACCGGGAUUCAUCUGUGAAAAGCACACUUCUCCAGCGUGCCAGUGGCCGUCGAAAGUGAGCAUUUGCCCACUGAAGUCGGUUACGACACCAAACUGCUGUCAAGACCCUGGUGAGGACGACGAGCACGCAGAUGAGCUUCCUUGAGAUGGUUUUUGAGAGUUUGUGCAGAAAUUCUUUGGUUGUGCAAACCCACUGUUUCAUCAGCUGCCUGGGUGGCUGGUCUCAGAUGAUCCCACAGGCUAGCCGUGGGAAGUUGGUGCUGAAGCACCCCUAAAAUCAGAAAUAGUUUUCUUUUGAUUGUCACUCUUGUCAACUCUCUCCUCUCCUCCCUCCCUCUCUCCUCACUCUCUCUCCACUCCUCCUUCUCGCCUCUCCUCCCUCCUUCCCUCCCUUAGCGGUAGUCCUUCAUCGGGGACAGCUCCUAGGUCUGAGGGGUAAGUUAGGACUCCCUCUGUCCCCAAAGGGAUGAUGUCACAUACAUCUUCUUACCUCCAUCUCGCCUUUAUCGCUCUCCAACGUAGGCCUGGUUCAGUUUCAAUCCACCCUUAUUCCCCUAAUGUUCACAUAUCUGAUAGACUGGAUAGGUGUGAGUAAUAUAGUGAUUGGACAGGAGUAAGUUAUAGGAUAUGGCACUUGUGGAGAUCUGAGAGGAUUAGAUAGCCCUCCAACAGGACAAGCACAUGUUCUUUCAUAAGGCUGCCUGCCACCUAUCCAGUCAUUUCAGAUCUGUCGACCACAAAGGGGACGAGGUUCUAGGGGCCGAAAUGCAACAGGGACAGAAACAGUGGUCCUGUGGUCUAGAUCUGAUUCAGGGAAAUCACUUUUGUUCACGUGUAACUCUGCAUGCUAUCUUCAGGUGUUGUAAAGUACUGUAUAUAAUGCAUUGGCACACAUAUAUGUCGAGUAUGGUGUUAAUGUAUGUAUAUGUGUGAGUCAUAUUUGUAUGCUAUUGUGUGAUGAAUGUGGAUCAUUUCAGCGACUUAGUCAAUAUAUUAGGUAAUGGGGUUUUGGGGAUGCCUUGUCCCGUCAUUAUUGCAUGUUGAUGGCAUGUUUUAGUAUUGCUACUAUUUCAGUAUUCAGAUUCUUAUUUUUCACCAUCUGCAAAUUCAUAAGUGGAUGACCACAGGCUUAUUCAGUGGGUUGCCACGUACAGAGAAUUGCAGGUAGAAAUGUUACAGCCGACAGUUUCCUAUUCUGCAUGACAGAGGGAUGUCUGUUCUAUAUUACACAUUUCUAUUUUAAAUGUUCUGUAACGAUGUAGCCUGCCCAUUUGAUGGGUCUUAUUGGCAAGCCUGCUCUGUGUGUGCUAUUGUGAUUGGAUGGUCUCAUGCAUCAAUGUCCUUGUCCUAUUCGCUGGUCUGUCAAAUGUCAGCUGUUCUUAUUGGCUAUUGAUUUUACUCUCAUCCCAAUAGCCAAUAAGGUGUCUCCAACGUCGUCCGGCGGCGUGGCUGGGGGUGUGAUUCAUGUGUAUGCGGACGACAACCCAGAGAAAAGCAGCGGCAGCUUCAUCCCAUACUGCUCCAUGGCCCAGGCUCAGCUCUGUUUCCAUGGACACAGAGAUGCCGUCAAGUUCUUUGUCUCUGUGCCAGGUCAGUUAGUAAUCAUAAUUUGAUUUGAUUUGAUAAAGUCAAUAAAAGUAAAUAGAGUUUAUUAUCCCCUUAAACGCAUUAAAUCAAAUGUGUAGUUAUUGACUAACUAAACAAGUAUACCUACUGUCAAUACUCUCAACUUGAUGUAUUUGAGGACUGUGAGGAUGGACCAGGUUGUCAACUGGGCACUAAAAUGCAAAAGUGGUUCACAGUGUUUAAUUUGUGGGUAUCUAUUGGUAAGGUCCUUUAGUACUAUGUGACAACUGCUGAUGUAAAAAGGGUAUUAUAAAUACAAUUGAGUGACUGAUCUGUUUCUCAUUACCUGUUUAAAAUAUAUAUAUAUAUACAUAUAUAAUAUUUUGUUUUUCUGUUUUUCUGUCAGGCAACGUGUUGGCCACCCUAAAUGGUAGUGUGCUGGACAGCCCGUCAGAGGGUCAGGGGUCCUCGGCACAGCCGGAGGCUGAGGCUCAGAGUGUACACAACGUCCUGGUGCUGAGUGGAGGGGAGGGCUACAUCGACUUCCGCAUCGGUGAGGAAAAUCACUCACUCACGCAUGCACGCACACACUGCCAUAUACACGCAAGUCCAUGUGGUGCUCUUUUUGAAUUCCAAAUCGAAUUCUACUUGUCUCCAGAUUCUCUACCCUUGUUCAUUUCACUUUAUGGAUUUAAAAUACCAAUCCAAUGCUUUUAUAUGUGUGGAUGUGCAGAAACACUUCAGUACAAAGGUGACAGACACAGUUCAUGUUCAUGCUAACUGACUCUCUCACUUCAUCUAUGUGUCAGGUGAUGGCGAGGACGACGAGACAGAGGAAGGGGAGGUGCCGGGGGGCGCCCCGCAGAUGAAGCCUGCCGUGUGCAAAGCCGAGCGGAGCCAUAUCAUCGUGUGGCAGGUGUCCUACGUCCCCGAGUGA